GCCGGCUCGUGAAGGGAGGGGCCGCGGAGGCGAAAAGGGCUCGGGCGGCGGGGGGGGGGGAGAGGCCUCCGCGCAGGCGCAGAGCGGGGCUCGGACCCCCACCUCCUGAAGCGCCCCCCCACCUCCCCCAGCGGAAAAGGGGUCCUGACAGGACAAGAGAGGCAGCUCCAGACUCCGCCCGGGAGGGGCCGCCGGCCGGGGGGCCACCAUGUCCUCCCCCAGCCCGGGCAAGAGGCGGAUGGACACCGACGUGGUCAAGCUGUAUCCUUACCUGGAGAGUGGGGGGGGGGUUGUGAGGGGGGGCGGCAAGGGCAGGUAAAAUGGGGGGCAGCCCCCCAUUCUGGAAUGUCUUGGGGAGCAAGGCACAGACAUCCCCCCCCACCACACACACACUUGAGGGGCAGUUAGUGAGAGGCAGGAAUAAGGAGAUAAAUGAAGACUUUGUUGGAAUGGUGGGGGGGGGGCAGGAAGAGACAGGGGCCCCCCUCAAAAAAACUGGACUGGGUGUCUUCAAUAGAACUUCAUAUUGGUGGGUGGGGGUCUAGAGAAUAGGUUUCCUUCCUCCACAAGGCCAAGGAAUGAUGGGGAGAAAGCAGGUACUUUUGGGGGGUGGGUGGGGGGCAGUGCCCUCCACUUGCUGAAGAUGAAUGCCUAUUCCAUUGCAGAGAAUAGAUGAACGGUUAUUGUUUCUGUUCUUCUUUCUUUCUCUCCCUUUCUCUGCCUCCAGUUCCAGGUGAGGGGUGCAGAAUCACGGACCCCUUAGAAAUGAGGAGUGUACAAAGGCUUUCCUGGAAUAUGGGGGUUCAGGAGGAAAAGCCCUUCCCUCUCCUUUUCACCAGCAGGAGAAUAGAAUUAUUCCCACCACCACCAUUAGAAGAAAGCAGCCUUCUCCAGAGUAAAAUGUUUAGAAUAGGGUUGGAGAGUGAGGGCACCCCAAUAAUCUUAGCGUAGGGGAAGAGACUUGCAACUCCUGGAGAGUAGUAAAUUUUAGCAGCUCCAGGUGAUUUUUUUUGUUCUUGUUGGGCUCUAGGAAAUGGGGGGAGGAGAGAGAUGAGGCACCCCAGGUAUAGGCAGAGCAAAAUAUUUUCUUCCCUCCCCCCAAAAACCCCAACAACGCCAUCAUACCAUUGAAGGGAUAUCUCAUUUUUAGGUAAAAUGAGGCCUUUAGACACCCCCCUUUUGAGAAAUGAGAACACAAUUGGGGACUUUUCAUUCUAGUAUUUUUUUAUGGGGGGUUCAGGAACUCAUUUCCUACCCCCUCUUCCUUGCCCCCAAAUAUAGACCUCUUCAAAUCCGUUCUUUCUUCUCUCUCCCCAAAGAAACUGGUUCUUUUGGCGGAUUGGGGGGGUGGGCUGCUCUCUGGUCUGUAGAGGCCUGUGUCUAAAGCCAGACUCUCUUGGGGUGAUCAGAACUCCUUGUUGCCUUCAAUAAAUAAAUCCCCUUUGUCUUGGGAGAGGAAUCCCAAAAUAUUUUCGUAGGGAAACAAUAUAGGCAGUGGGGGGGGGAAGCACUUAUUCUCUGUCUGCCUCACUAAUGAUUGUGACCAGAGUCAGUGCUCCCCCUUUCAGGUAUUGUGACAAUGCUUGAAUAAUAAUACAACUCCCUCUACACACACUGAUUCAGAUGUGCUCUCUUUCCCCCUCCCCAACCAGAAUUAAUACAUGCUUUGUGGGGUGGGGGGCAAUGGGCCAGAUUUAGCUGGGGGGAGAAGGGAGGGUAGUUGUUGACAGUUAGCAAUCCAGUGAUCAGCUUCUGGUGGUGUGUUACUAUUUACUCAAUCCAGUUUUAGUCUGCUGUUCGGGAAGCUUCUGAUGGCAGCUGGGGGGGGGCAGUUAGUGCGGGUGGGAGCACCUGGAGAACAACAUUGAAGUAGUAAUAGUGGAGAAAAAGAAUCGAAAUGCCGUAGAAAUCCAUCACCCAUUUUUCUUUUUUGUGCUGCUGGUUUUGUUUAUGUAACACUUCAGUUCAGUGAAGAUUUUCCUUUAUCCCUUCGUAAAGGAUCUGUUUUUGUUUUCCAAAUUAUGUUUUGUUCUUGCCUCUCAGUAGAAUGUUACCUUGUCCCUGUGUGCAUAUUUGAAGAUUGUGAAGCUUCUGAAAUAGUGCAGUGAAUUUGCGUAUAGAAUAGGUUUAUUAAUAGUUCUGUUUAUCAGGUGGUGGGGAGGGAAGGAAAGAUGGGUUGGCGUUGACAUAGCCAACUGAAAUGCAUUCAGAUAUGUUUAUUGAAUGUGUUAACCUCCCCCAGGAGAAUUUAAUCGGGAAGGAAUUAACUAUGUAGAAGGGUGAGAGGGUUACAAAUAGCAUUUAGUUUCCAGAGAUAAACAAACUUGUUUAGAUUAGGCCUGCUGGGGUGAAAUUAUUAUAGUCAAUUGUUGACGCUGCACAGUGAGUUCCCCGGUCUCUUGCUUAACUGUCUGUACAUUUUUAAAAGCACAAAGCCUGUGUUUGAUAACUGUCUAUAGAUUCCCCCUUUAAAAAUGUUGUUUUUAAUAAAUAGGAAGUGGCAUGUGAUUGCUAUGGAAUCAAAGCUAUUUUUAUCCUCUGCUUCAGUUGCAUAUGCAUGACAUAUCGUUCCUCGGAUACAAACUUCAUUCGAUGGUUAAUUUUUACUGGUUUGAGGGGAAGCUAGAUAGAACUCCAGCUGUUCAGUGACAAAAAAAAGGAGAGAUUCUCAUUAUAUAUAAAUUUUGAAAAGGCAGCCGGAUUAUGGAGCGAUGAGGCCCACUGUGACCUCCUGGUAGUGUAUCCUUUUCUUUUUUGCCUCCCCCACCCCCACUUUCUGUUCACUUGGUAGCUGGCAUGUUGAAAGAUCAUAGCAUUUUAGGAGACAAAGAGCAGGGGUUGUUUUUCUCUCUUUUUCUAAAAAAUGACUUCAUCUGGCUUAUUGGUGCUGUGGUUGCUGUUUAAUUUGAUGGUGGAUAGGAGAAAAGCGAAUAGCCUGGCAUUCCUCUCCGGUUCAUGGUUAGCUGCCGAUCCUUCUGUUUGACAAAAGAAACAAACUAAACAGCUAAAAAAAGGCCUCAAACCAGAGUUCUUAUUAUCAUUCCUGGUAUUUUAAGUGAUGUGGACCAGUUUGUCCUGUGAGUGUGAUGAACAAAUAGGUCUUUUUGUUUCCUGUGGCUUUCCUUUGGCAUGUGUACAGUCAGUGUUUUGGGUAUGCAGGCCACAGCAACUGUGACCCAGCCUAGUCCUCACUGUUUACUUGGAAGUCGUGUUGCUUUCAUGGGGGGGGGUUACUCCCAAGUCAUUUUGUGCUUAGGAGAGCAGCCUUAAUUUAUGUAUGAAGUUUGCUCACUGGAAUCUGGAGGCGGAGGGAGCCCAGCGCACCUUCUGUGGCUUCCAGUAGAUGCCUCUUUCCUCAACUUGUGUCCCUUGUAUGCUGCUGCUACUUGUAGGACUGCCUCUCCUGCUUUCAAAGUACCGGUACCUCUUUGCCUCUCAUCUUGAUUUGCAGCCUCUGACUAACUUGGGGAUAUAGGGUGGGGAGCGAAGGCAUGGCCCCACAGAAAGUGUCUGGAGCUGUCGACUUAACUGCUCUGACAGGUUUGGUGGGGUGCUGGUGCUGCUAUCAUUCCCCCACCCCUGUUUUGGCCUUGUGUACUCACAUCUGUGCAACCCAGAGAGGGAGAGGUUGGUUGGCCAAUGUCCUGUAUUACAUGGGUGAGUUGUUAGCAUGCCUAGCUAAAAAGAAAUGAACCUCCUCUUGGUAAUUGCAUGACGGUGAUCUGAAACUCUGAGUCACUCGGUUGCUUUUUUGGACGCUUCUCUAAACAUUGUGCAAACCUUUGAAAGAAAUGAGAAGCUUGUGUGUGUUGCAUUUCAACCUUGGGGGGGGAAUCGCAGCUCCAGCCUUUUUUUUUUUUUUUUGUCUUUGCUGACUUGUUGUUGAGUUCCUUUCUUGCAUUGCAGAGUUACUAAUAGAAUGUGUUGGGGGUUUUUAAUAUAAAAAACAACGACAACUCUCAACACCUUUCUAGUCCUGGCUAGGGUGCCUUUCAUAAAUCUCCAAGAACUGGCAUCAAUGACCUUAGUGUGUGAUCUUUUAAAGUUCCAAAUCUGGAGGAAUGCCUCUCUCCUCUUUCUAGCACCCCCUUUAUUAAUUUUUUUAUGGUUCUUAGCUUCCCUUCUUGCUCCGAAAGAACCCAGGGACUGCUUGUUUUGGAAAAGUGUUUGCAGGCAAAAGGCCUCCGGACAGAGCCUGCGAGUCAGCCGAUUGGCUGUUCUGUUACUACCCGGAAACUGAGGCUUGGGCGGAGCAACCCAAACAGCUGAUGGAGUGUGUGACAAGAGUGUGUUUAUAUUCAGGAGCGUGGGGGCUGGGAAGGGGGAGGCCUGGGCUGGAAGGCUUUGGAGAGGAGAGAGCGGGACAAUCUGUGCCGGGUCAAGGGGUUGCUUGGCGCAGGAAAGGAAGAAAAGUGUCCUGCAAGCAAAAGGAGGUCGCGGUUAAUCCAAACUCAUGUUAAUCCGAGGGACAUGACUGGCUGCCAGGGGUGGGACAGGGUUUGGUUUCUCCACCGCCCCCCCCAGGCUUGCAAUGAUUUUUGAGGCAGUCUAAAGUUUGGGCUGAAUGACAGUUCAUCAGUUUACUCUUAACAAUCUAAAAUACCUCUGGGUCACAGGAGUAGUGUGCCUUUAACUUCCCCAGUCUGAACCAGCACCACGAUACGGUUUAUUUAGUUUGUUUUUGCCCUUCUCCUGGGGGCUCAGGCUGGUCUUUAAAUAUAUAUUGUACAGUGGUACCUCGGUUUAAGAACUUAAUUCGUUCCGGAGGUCUGGUCUUAACCUGGAACUGUUCUUAACCUGAAGCACCACUUUAGCUAAUGGGGCCUCCUGCUGCCGCCGCACCGCCAGAGCACGAUUUCUGUUCUUAUCCUGAAGCAAAGUUCUUAACCCGAGGUACUAUUUCUGGGUUAGUGGAGUCCGUAACCUGAAGUGUCUGUAGCCCAAAGCAUCUGUAACCUGAGGUACCACUGUAUAUAUAUAUUGGGCCUCAUUGACUUGGUCACUUGCAGAGGAAUCAAAACGGUCAGAGAGUUCCACAACUAAUGGAAAGGUGGUGCAAGGUUCUGGAUUUGUUUUUGCGAGCUUGAAAAUGGGGCACCUAGCGUGAUGCUAAGCCUGCCUCAGAAUAGGGCUAGCACUUCUGUGGCAAAGAAGCCGUGCCACAUGUGAUGAAAUGGAGAGGUGUGGAAGUAACUCCACACUCUUGAACUGGCCUUGGAUAUGGAAAUGGGGGGGUGGGGGAGCUCACAUUGGCAGCUGGGAAUGUAUCGCUGCUUGCAGAAUUAUGCUGCGUUGGCUAUAGAGAACCAAAUUCCAGAAGAGUGGCCAUGUCAAAGCCUAUGAAUAGAGAGAUUGGAUGUGGAUUAUGGGAGCUGGAGGCUCAUGUCUCAUCUCUGGGGUAGUUUUGGACGAGACAGUUUCUUGGUCUUGGUAACCCCCUCCAUAAAACGGGCGAGAGCGAACACACAGUUUUUGCAAGGGCAAAUGGUUAAAAGGUUGAAAUGUGCUCUGGGAAUCUAAAAGAUUGAAUAAAUUACUAGCAGUGAAUCCAAAAGGCUGUAUAAAUUAUUGGUACAGUGGUACCUCGGGUUACAGACGCUUUGGGUUACAGACGCUUCAGGUUACGGACUCCACUAACCCAGAAAUAGUACCUCAGGUUAAGAACUUUGUGUCAGGAUGAGAACAGAAAUCGUGCAGCGGCGGCGCAGCGGCAGCAGGAGGCCCCAUUAGCUAAACUGGUGCUUCAGGUUAAGAACAGUUUCAGGUUAAGAACAGACCUCCAGAACGAAUUAAGUUCUUAACCCGAGGUACCACUGUAGUUAAUAUUGAAUACCAAACUGCAACUAGAGGUCUUUCUGCCAUGAAAUCUGUCUUAUGUCUGAUACACCUGUGGCAUCUCCAAUUCCAGCAGAAUUCCCUCAGAUCCUUUGCUGCAGCUUCCCCAACAUCAGCACUGUGUCCAGAAAAAAAUACCUACAGCCUUGAAAAGAGAACACAGGAAACACGACACUCCAUAAAUUGUGUGCUUGUGUUGAGCUUGGGUGGACUAGACAAACCUGGAUUCAGACUUUGUGUAUACCACAGACUUGCUUGAUAAGCUUGGGCAAGUAUUUUAGCUGCCUUUUCCUGUAAUCUAAAACGUUGGUACUAAUUUCACUUGGCAUUUAUACACUUGUGGCAGGUCAGCGUGUUGGAUUAACUAUAGAGGUAAAGGUACCCCUGCCCGUUCGGGCCAGUCUUGCCAGACUCUAGGGUUGUGCGCUCAUCUCACUCUAUAGGCCGGGAGCCAGCGCUGUCCGCAGACACUUCCGGGUCACGUGGCCAGCGUGACAAGCUGCAUCUGGCGAGCCAGCGCAGCACACGGAACGCCGUUUACCUUCCUGCUGGUAAGCGGUCCCUAUUUAUCUACUUGCACCCGGGGGUGCUUUCGAACUGCUAGGUUGGCAGGCGCUGGGACCGAACGACGGGAGCGCACCCCGCCGCGGGGAUUCGAACCGCCGACCAUGCGAUCGGCAAGUCCUAGGCGCUGAGGUUUUACCCACAGCGCCACCCGCAUCCCUUGGAUUAACUAUAAUAUAUACUUAAAACACGGUUUGUGGUUGUGCAGCCUAAUCCAUUGCUUCUCUGCUUGGAAGUAUCUCGAUCAGUUAGGAGCAGAGGGAGCUCCCUUCCCCCUUCAGGGGACUUAGAUUUCUAAGGAAGCGUGUGUGAAAUAUUUUGGGUGGGGUGGAUGGCUCUGUCAUAUCUGAACUUCACAGUUCUCUAAUACAGUGAGGCCUCGUUCUCUGUGAGGUGCUAAAUAUGUGUCUGAGUGGUAUAUUUCAGACCAGAAAUGGUUUGAUGCUGCUCAGUACAAACAAAAACCCCUUCACAUAGAAAACUACUGUUUGGGGGGCGAAGGUAGACUAAAAUUCUUUUACCUGAUAUGCUCGUUUCUUUGUGAAGGGAAUCUCUUGAACGGAGAGUCGUUGAGUCACGCGAGUCUCCAUCUGAAAUGGUACGAAAUGCAAGCCAGGCGCACGUUUAUUGCCCUGGUGAGAACCUAGGCUAGGCUCUAGCAUGAACACUGGUUGCUGUUGCAGGUUUGUUAUAUUCAUCUCUUCCCUUUCCUCCAAGUUGCUCAAGGCAUACAAGAUCUUCCUAAUCUUAUCCUUGCAUACGGAGAUAGAUUAAGCUGAAAGAUGGUGACCAACCCAUGCCAGAUCUCGCUGGUCCCAGUCUCUGACACUAAAAUUGGGACCCAUAUUAAAUGAAGCGAAAUCUUUUUUGCAUAUUAAUUUUUAACCCAUGCUGGAUUAUACAUAGGAUGAAUAUAAAAUACCCCCCCCCCCAAAUCCCAUACCUGCAUAGCCCCUGCAUUUAACAGCUGUUAAAUUCCUGCCCAGACAACAAGGUCUUCGGUAUGUACAGGCUUCGAUUCGUUUUGGCUUUCAAAGCUCUCAGGGUACAUCCAUGGCAUUUAAAGCAAACAAACUGUCUGGCUUCAAAGGCAGUGUUAUGCUGAAGUUUUCGGAUGAACAAAGAAGCCAUGGAACAGGAAGCAGUUUACUGAAAAAAUAACUUAUCCUGGUUGUUAUAGGGUAGUCAGCUCUGGAAAUCUCCUGAUUCAGAAUGCAAAGUUAGAAACUUGGUGGAAAGCUUCUUGUUGUGUUGGGUCUCCUUUUAUGAACAGAUGCAAAGCUGGGGAAAGGAAAGAUUGGGGGGGGGGAGUCAUAUGUGUGAAACAUCCUUUGAAGGCUUCGUCACAGUUGAGGUGUUCAGAAUUAAUGUUCAGAUUCCCCCCACCUCCCACCCUUGUGUGGUGCUGUAGUUGAUUGUGGUGACACCAGAUACCCCUCUUAACUCACAGUUUUGAGUGAGUCACACUUUGCAAUCCAGUCUUUAUUUUUAUUUUAUCCAGGAAAAUAACCAUGUCACUCUGUAGCUGCAGAAAACCCCAAAGUAUUCAGAAUGCUGGUUAUGAAUACCUUCCAUAAACACUGGAGCCUCCAUAUCUCAUUUUGAAAAUACCGAUGUUUAAAUGAACUGCAAUUUUCAUAGGUUAUAUAUACCAGGCAAUUUUAAAAGCUUAUAGUUUGUUUCAUGGAACAGCCCAAGUAAGGAUUUGUUUUGGUGGUUUUAAUUUAAGUCAUUUAAAUCCAUUUUUUCUUGGCCAGACGCAGGCAAAUCACAUAUAACGUGGCAAAUCUUAACUGUAUUAUCUGAGUCGUUGUUUACAACAAUAUCAUAAGCAUUGAACACCAUUUCACAGAGGGACAGCUGUGAUUAAAAAUUCAUAUUUUUAAUCUGCAAUUAAUGAGUUGCCUGAGCAUGUUGAUUAAUUGCUUAUGUGAUAUCCGCUGUGCAUAAACGAUAGCUUUCCAAGAUCUUACCUUGUUGCUUUCAGAAAUAAACUUACUAGGCUGUGCUGAGUUCCUUGCUUGUGUGGAAGGCACAGGGCUUUGAUUUUAAAUUCACUGUCUCAUUGUUGCUUUGUCAGUUUGAUUGCAGAGCCCAUUGAAGCUUAGUCUUGUAACACAGACUUGAAAGAGUGCUGCAUCUACUUAUAAUAUCAUUAAAAUGGUUAUGUGGUGCUGGAGCUGCCUAAUAUGAAUUGGCUUAGAACAGCUUGCAAGACAAGGCCUUAGCAAGCUUUUCAUUCUGGUCUGUCUUAUAAUAAGGGCUUGUUUGUGUGGAUUCAACUUAAUUAACCAGUAGAGCUGAAAGCAAGAAUUGAGUUAGUGCAAUUAAUGCAUUAAGCAGAUUUCAGAGAUAUGAAAUCUGUUGGUUUUUUGUGGGGGUUUUGUAAACCAGUUGGAAUUGAAGGGUCCCUAGCUAAGCCGUUACUCACCAAAAGAGUUGCACAGCUCAAGUUGAACGAUGUUUGCUGUGAACCACCCUGAUAUCUACAGAUGAAAGGCAGUAUACAAAUUUAAUAAAUAACAAUAAUCAUCAUAAUAACAAGUAAUUGCAGAUUGGACUCAAAAUACAUGACCACUAAUAUCCUAAUAUUCUUUCUAGUGGAUGGGUUGAAAGCUGGCUUGACCACGCAGUAUUUUUACCCUGUUUUAUUCUUAUGCAUUAAGAAUUAACAUGCCGGCUCUAACCACUCACCGACUUGUUGGCAGAUGAUGACUUUGAGAGGCUCACAUGCAAGAUGUAAGGAGAGAUGUAAAGAACGCCUGCCAUUUUCUGUUUGCAUUUACUGGGGCCAGAAGCUGUCUGUAGAUCCAUCCCUUGAUGUUUACUUCUCUAAGCAAGUGGUGGUCGGGCUUCUUCCAAGGAACGAUUUGGAAGCUUGUUGGGGGCGUGUUAGCGAGGUCACUUAAGUCAGGAAACCUCUCCAAAAGAGAGACUUGUCCAUGCGGUGCCCUAUUGCCGGUGAGCUAGAAUUUGGAUUAUUCCGUGGUGUAGCCAUUCCAUUAUCAAACUGAGGACGAGGGUGAAUCCCUGGGGGAAGGGAGUUGUUCCAUUCUGCAGAGCUCACAAACAUGGUCAUGGGCAAUGGGGACAGGACAGAUUCCUGGUGAAUAAUUCAGUGGAUUUCCCUGGGUGCCACAGAGAAGCGAGUAGUGCUGAUAAGAACAAGCAGAAAAGUUUGGACUCGUGGCUUAGCCUGAGAGCAGUGGGUGAAGUGGAGAUUUGUUUUCUUCUGGUAUUACCCGUAUGGCUCCUGAAAACUAGGAAAGACCGAACUGGAAUUAAAUAGCUUGGAAUGGAGACAGUUAAGCCCAAGUCUCAUUGAUUAAACAGAUCAAGUGCACUGUUGCCUUACCAUUAAAAAAAUAAAACAAUCAAUUACACAUUUUUUAAAAAGCAUAGGCGUUUGUGCUGCUCAGAGCCCUUAUACCAGUUAGGCUCUGGUUACGAUGCGAAAUCUGCCUCUAAGCUUGUAAAGCAGGGAUGCCCAAACUUUUUCCAAAGAGGGCCACAUUUGAUGAAGUGAACAUGCGUGAGGGCCAACCAAAGUUGUGGGGCUUUUUUUAGGAUUUCACCCCAGGACAUAUACUGCUACACGAUUAAAUCGACCAGCGGGCCGGAUCAGGCCCCCAAAACGGACUUUGGUCAUGCCUUUUGUAAAGCAUUUGAAGUUGGCUGUGUCGAUGACUUUGCAGCUCAAUCAAACUGCCCUCUCCUGAUGGACCUAGUGAUUUGGGGAGCCGCUGCUCCUUAAGAGGGCACUCACUACCUUAAAGGUAAAGGGACCCCUGACCAUUAGGUCCAGUCGUGGCCGACUCUGGGGUUGCGGCGCUCAUCUCGCUUUACUGGCCAAGGGAGCCGGCGUACAGCUUCUGGGUCAUAUGACCAGCAUGACUAAGCCGCUUCUGGCGAACCAGAGCAGCGCACGGAAACGCCGUUUACCUUCCUGCUGGAGGGGUACCUAUUUAUCUACUUGCACUUUGAGGUGCUUUCGAACUGCUAGGUUGGCAGGAGCAGGGACCGAGCAACGGGAGCUCACCCCAUCGCGGGGAUUCGAACCACCGAUCUUCUGAUCAGCAAGUCCUAACCCACAGCGCCACCCGCGUCCCACUCACUACCUUGCCUGUGUAUAAACACGAGUUGUUCUGGAGCAGUGGUGGGAAUUAUUAAAAAAAAACAGUUUGAUACUAGUUAGAUGACCCACUUUGUGGAAGUAUUUGUCUUGCAUCUCUUUAGGGUCUCUGGAUUGCGUUUCAUUGCCUGUGAAACUUCAGAGGUAACAUCCUCUUUAAGUCCCGGGACCUGAUUGCAAAGCUCAGCGGCUUGGCUUCUGUUAUUGCUAAUGUAGCUGUGUUAAGGUGGGGGGAAAUGGGGGGGGGGGCGGGUGAGAGAAGAGAGGGGGAAAUAGCUGAGCUCACUAAAGAGAGACUCCUGAAAGGCCUAUUCAUGAAAGUGAGGCCUUGAAGUUUUCUGUGUCCUUGCCCUGUUGCUAUUAUGGUGGCUUUUCCCAUGCCUCACAUAAUGAUGUUGGAGUGGUUUUGCUAAGACGCGCUCUUGCUCUCCGGCUGCGGAUGUCAAACGGCUUUGCCAGCCCCAGAGCCAGUAGUCGGGGCACGGUCACAGUGUGGUGACCUUUGGUCAACAAUAUGGUAAGGUUUUUGAAGCACUAGAGGGUUUUUUUGGGGGGGGGAGAGAUUUCUAGAAAAGAGUAGUUUAGACUCCCGUCAUUGUGGGUACCCAAUAAGAUAGGGCUGCGUCUGCCAGAGCUUAUAAGCUGAACCAUUGUUCUACCAGUGGUAAUUGGGGGGCCCCAAGUUGAUCAUUAAUCUGAAGGCCUGGGUGCCAAAACUGCACUUUUUUCAAGUGCUAUGUGCCCUUGGCUCUCAUUAAUUGGGGGUGGGGGUGGGAGGACUCUAGGCAGGGAUGUGCCCACAGCAGAUUUUAAUGUGAUAUUGACACAGUUGAUCUAGAGAACAAGGGAGCUAUAACAAGGUGAAAUGAAAUUGCAUUUGUAUGUGUGUGUUGUUUUUAAAUGGUCCUGUUCGGGAGUGUGCAGGUUUUCAAGCUAUAUGCCUAUUUUGUUCACCAGGCCAGAUUGAAAGAUGGUGACUGCUUAACUAAAACGUACUUCCCAUGUAGCUAAAGGUAAAGGGACCCCUGACCAUUAGGUCCAGUCGCGAACGACUCUGGGGUUGCGGCGCUCAUCUCGCUUUACUGGCUGAGGGAGCCGGCAUACAGCUUCCGGGUCUGUGGCCAGCAUGACUAAGCCGCUUCUGGAGAACCAGAGCAGCACACGGAAACGCCGUUUACCUUCCUGCUGGAGCAGUACCUAUUUAUCUACUUGCACUUUGAUGUGCUUUUGAGCGGCUAGGUUGGCAGGAGCAGGGACCGAGCAACGGGAACUCACCCCAUCGCGGGGAUUCGUACCGCUGACCUUCUGAUUGGCAAGUCCUAGGCUCUGUGGUGUAACCCAAAGCGCCACCCGCGUCCCCUCCCCAUGUAGCUAGAGAUACUAACAUACCCUAUUGGCCCGAAUAUAAGCCGCACUCCCCCCCCCCCCAUUCUGACAGUGAAAAGUUAAAGUGCGGCUUAUAUUUGCAAUCUUACACUGCCGGGAAGGCGGCAUGUCCCCCCCCAAAGGAAACAGCCCAGAGUGUGGGGUGAUGGUGGCAGUCCGCCGGCCGCUCUCAAGCCUCCCCCGACACCGGCUUGUGGAGGGAGUGCUGGGAGGCAGUAGUGUUAGAAGGCGAGUGUGCAGCACACUCGGAAGCUGGCGCCGGCCCCCCGUCAGGGCGGUAGAGCCGGGAGAUGGGCCGCACCCCCAAAUAAGCCUUGAAUUUUAAAGAUGCGGUUUAUUUGCGGGUACGUCUUAUAUUCGGGCCAGUACGGUAUUUGAUAAUCUAAGGUAGUGAACUGAAUGCAAAUAGUUUGGCUUGUAAAAACACCCAGUAGCCUCAAGAGCUGGAGAUUUUGGGUCGUCAAUUGCCCGUGCCUAAAUACAGAAUAAACGAUGACAGAUUAUUAAGCUUUGUGCAAGUUCACAGUAAAGAAAUGGGGAGUGUUGCAACCCUUAAAACCCCAGGUACUGCUUGCGAGUAGCAAUAAUAACUUGCGAGUAGCAAUAAUAACUUGGCCAAGACCAAGGUUUCAGGGUGUCUCUGUGUGAUGGGGUGACUUGGGCAGGCAGCCCCCACUCACGUUGCAACAUCUCGGAAGCAAGUCGACCCAUUUCCUCUGAAGAGCUCUGUGGACUUGCUGCCAAGUGAAGUCUCAAGAGUGCGUAUCUGUAGCAAAAUUCCCACAAGGUUUCCCCACAUUGCUAGAAAUCAAAGCUGAGGACUCAAGUUUUGUGCUUCCUGUAGCCUUUGCUCGGGGGUGUAUGUUUAGAUUACUUUCUCGGGCGCGCAGGGUGAAUUCUUCAUUUCUUCCUGCAAAGCUCGUGUGAUGGAAGAAUACUGAAGGCUGUGGCUGGAAAGGCUCUGUACAGAAGGAACCAGAUUAACCACCCUCCUUGAACCAGUGUGAUGAACACUUCUGAAAAUUGUUGCUCUGUGGCCCUUAUUGGCUACUGAACAAGACAAUUAUUACUGCUGCCUUCUAUUUACUUAUUUUAUUUUAUAUUAUAUUUUAUUUUUAUGCCACCCUUCAUCCAUAUAUCUCAGGACAGUUCACAGUAUAAAAAUACAAGAUAAAAACACAACACUCAUAAUAAAAACAAGAACCGUCCCUCUCCAAACCCAAUAACUCCUCCCCAACCCCAACAUUUGCAAUGUGCAGUCUUUUAUUGCACCUUCUCAAUAACUCAGUGAGGCAGUCCAUGUUCUCAUCUGAUAGACAGGGGGUGCGGUGGCAGAGGUGGGACUUAGUUAAUCUUCCUGGACUGGACCAGAUGAAAGUCCACUUAGUUCAGCAUCCUACUAGCCAGUUGCUCCCGGGAAGCUCACAUUUCUUGUUCUUUCCAAACAUUGUGGGGAGAAAUGGAGAGGGCACAUACCCUACAUAUGGAUGCUCCAUUUAUAGCUACCACGGGGAGUAUAUUGAUCAUAGCCAUGCUUUGAUUUAAUUAUUAUUUUUUAAAAAUCCGAACUUGAAAGCCCAGGUCUCGCAGGUUCAAGUCUGUCUCUGUAUCCACUGGACUAGACUGGCUGAACGACUCGGAAGCCCUCCAGCUGAUUUCUUUUCCUGACCCGGCUUCAUUUUCAUCCAACUUUGCAAAAACAAUGGAAACUGGCAAUUGGAGGAGGGGCCCUCCUGAUAUCGAAAGGGGAGGCUCUGGGCUGGCCAUGGGGCAGUGGCUGCCUGUUGCUAAGUAACUACAUUCUUUGCACCUGUUAAUCUUUGUGCUCUCCUGAAAUCGCGCUUGACCACACGUCAUAAUUAAAGGGGACUUAAACAAAAGGCGUCCCGUGUUUGCAACUUGUACACAGGGCAACCAGUGAAGCCCUUUUGAACCUACCCAGUGGGUUUUCCCUUUCUUGGGGAUCCAGAGGUGUAUCUGAGAAUAUGGGGUGAGAAGAGGAGAAAUUGCUUAGAACUGAGUAGGCUGUUUUCUCUCUUAAUUUCCUGGACCUUUGCCCAUUCUCUUGGCAAGAAAGUUGAAAAGGCACUGUUUAUUGAAUUGCUUGUGAAGACUGGAUAUGGCUGUACAGUCUGUGUGUGUGUGUGUGUGUGUGUGUGUGUGUGUGUGUGUGUGUUACCAGGACAUUGUAUACCUUUAUUGUCUGUGCAACCCCCCUGCUGCUAUUGUUUCUUGUUUUCUUGUGGACUCUUGGUAUACAACAAGGACACAAAGCACUCACUGGGUGUCUCUCGCGUGCGCAACUAAUUCUUUCCUUUUUACUGCUUCUGUUAGGUCGUUUGACCGAUCCUAGCAGAGUACUUGAAAUCAGAAAAUGCUCAGGGUGAUGGUCUUCUUCCGUGUGCCUCUGAGAACCUGUCCCACAGCCGAAUAGAUGCUGCUAUUUCAUAGGAUGUGCCCGAGAUGGUGCAGCCACAACUUCAGCCAGUUUUUUUCUUGGCUCAGAUACCUGAAAUUCUUCAGUGCUGUCACGCCACCGAUUUUUUGUCUAGCCAAGACUGUUUGAUUUAUUUACCCCAGACCUUGUAAUAGAGCAAGCCAUUUGCUCUAAUUGUAAAUAUUACUCUAAAUGUAAAUAUUCUGAUUUGUAGGGCUCCUGUGCAUUUCAGCAAGGAUAACUUGGGUCCUCAUUGUUGCUGAACUUCAAGAUCAAAGUCAGAUUAAUUUGUGUCUGAUGCGCUAUUGAUGUCACCAGUCACUUGUGUUUUGGCUGAGGUGGUGAGUCCCAGUGUGCCUUCUGUGCAACUUGCACUUUUAUUAGUCUAUACAUUCUGGAUAGAGCAAUAGGUCUAGGAUCUCUUGAGUGGAUCACAGAACUGCAAUUCUAGAAGGAUCACCCAGUCCACUCCUACCCCUUGCAGCAAGGUAUCUAACGCAACCUUCCAGUAAAAAUUAUCAAAGGCAGCCAUCUCGGUCCAUCAGAUAAAAAUCCAAAACCCACCAUCAGACAAUAUCUUUAUUAAGACAGAGCAAAAUUUCACAAUGCUGUGGCAAGCUUUUGAGUUCUUUAGAGCUCAAGAUAACAGGCAAGAUAACCUCAUGGCUACAACACGCAGCUUAACAUUUCGUACUUUCUAAAAAAUUUCCAUGUCCACUCAUUUCCUGCAUUGUGUAACAUCUUUGCCUCAGCCUACCUACGGCUACACAAACCAAAUUCAUUCCUGGUUUUGUUAAAUGAAAGGCUGCUAUGUUUGUCUUCUUCACCACUGUGUCUACCCAGGAACCUGUGUUUCUCAUUUAUAGUUUGGAACAGAUCCAGGUUACUAGCAAGUUGUGCUGUCAAAAGCAGGGAGGAAACAUUGCUUCUUUGCCCCAGAAUCCUUGGUGCAGCACCUGAGAGGGACGUGUUAUGCUACAAUCUCCAUCUUGGAACUGAAUCUGCAGCCUGAGCUCAUGGCUACAGCACCCGUCAUAAUUUCUGCACUUGUUCUAUUUUUCCUCAUCAACCCCCUGCUUUUAGUAACUGGCACUGCCUGAUGCAGAAUGCUGGUGAACCCGAAAGUUGGGUUUGUGACAUUUUGGUUGGUCCAUGGAUGCUUUAGUUGAGAUUCCUGCAUUGCAGGGAGUUGUACAAGGCUCUACAAUUCUUUGAUUCCAUGAUAUAGGUAUUUUUCCAGGUGUGGAAUUCAGAAUUCCAGCAAGACAUCCAGUUCUCUAGAUAAAUGCGAAAAAGGUUCAUUUUUUAAAAGUCAAAGGUAUGCUUGCAUUGUAUUUAUAUUCCGUUCCUUCUCUGUGAAGCUGAGAGCAGCUUCCCCGAAGCCUCUAGCAGCCUAUUUGCAAAGGAAAAUAAGCCCCCGUUUUCUUGUGACUUCUGCUUGUGGAAUCAAUUUAAAUUGCAGAACUGUCAUGAAUUGGGAGUAAGUGCAUAGACACUUGUGAGUUUGGCUUUUAGCUACUUCAAAAUGCUGCUGGAAUGUUUUAAUGAAGUAGGUGCAGAGGUUGUAAGAAAAUGCCCUCUUUCUGAGUCUCGUAAAGAUUCAGGUAGCAUCGGAAAUCAGACAAACAGCUUCAUUGAGCCUGGCCUUGUUCCAGAAGAAGUUGUUUGUUUAAUUUUAAUAAUUUCGUCUGUUUUUAAAUGCUACUAGUUAGAAAGGGUUGCAUGACCUGAAAAUCACUGGAGCACCAAGGAGCUAUUACGAUACGGACAUUGACUUGCUUAAUUAUUGCUUCGGAUCUGUGCUUGUAUGACAGGUGUCCAGCAGUUGUCUCCCAUCCAAGCCUUGAUCAGGUCAACACCUGCUUAGCUUCAGCAGUACUGUAGCACUAAGCUGUGCUCAAGUCAGCGUGGCUCUUUCAUUUGCUUUGCAAACAAGGGGAAAUUUAAUUGGAAAUGCUCUAAGCUGAGGUGGAAGUAGGAAGAAUUGUGAGAUGCUACUAGUCAUCAUUAGGGACACGGGUGGUGCUGUGAGUUAAACCACAGAGCCUAGGACUUGCCAAUCAGAAGGUCGGCGGUUCGAAUCCCUGCAAUGGGGUGAGCUCCCGUUGCUCGGUCCCUGCUCCUGCCCACCUAGCAGUUCGAAAGCACGUCAAAGUGCAAGUAGAUAAAUAGGUACCGCUCCAGCAGGAAGGUAAACGGCGUUUCCGUGCGCUGCUCUGGUUCGCCAGAAGCGGCUUUCUCAUGCUGGCCACAUGACCCGGAAGCUGAACAUGACCGGGAAGCUGAACGCCGGCUCCCUCGGCCAGUAAAGCGAGAUGAGCACCGCAACCCCAGAGUCGGUCACGACUGGACCUAAUGGUCAGGGGUCCCUUUUACUAGUCAUCAUUAAUUGCCGGAUUUAUGCUGUGCAGAUUUGCUUCACGGUCUUCAUUUUGUGGGCCUUUGCAAUGACUCUGAAGUACGUCAGUGCUCCCAUUAUACAGACGGUGCACUGAGGCACGAAGAGUGCCUAGUCCAGGGCCGCAAAAGGAGGCCAUAGUCUGCAGGUGCACAUCUCCAAUAUUCUGGGGAAGUUUAUCCUUCGAUAAAUUGGAAAAGAGAAGUAUGCAAACUCACCAUCUAGCUGCAUGAGCACAUCCCACUCUGUUUAUGCCGGGCCAGGAAUGCAGGUGACAUAUUUGCAGACUUGAGUCUCAAAGAACGCUCAUUCGGCCUAUCUUAUUUCCAGUGUGAGUGACAGCUUGGGGACGGCCUUUUCUAAACAAGUUGUCUUACCCAUUUUAUUGUAACUUCUUUUUCUUAGGCAGCGCUUAUCAUUGCAGCAAUCUCAUGUAGACUACUUUGUGAGGUCUGCCUGAAAAGCGGCAUAUAAAUUAAAUAGAACAGAAUAAAGCCCAUAUAUGCUUGGAAGAAGAGUGGAGUAUAAAUGCAAGAAACAAUUAAACUCUGGUGACGGAGGCUUGUGUACAUGCUAUGGGUUACCCAUGAAUUUUGGAGCUAAUGAGAGAUGGAUGGCCAUCUGUCAUGGAUGCUCUAGUUAAGAUUUCGGCAUUGCAGGGGGUUGGACUAGAUGACCUGUGGGGUCCCUUCCAACUCUACGAUUCUAUGAGGUUAGGGACCCAGUGGUUCCAUAAUUACCAGCAAAUUCACUGCUGACGUGAGAUUAGAACCUGGUUUGGCCUUCUCCCCUUCCUCCUUUCCAUUUUUGGCUGUUGGGAUUCUUACAGCUAAAACCACGACUCUUCCACAAACACCUUCCAAUCAGGUGUUUGUGAGCUCCGGAUUUUGGCUAUCAUCUCUCUUGUAUUUCAUUCAUGACUUUCACCGCUUAACUGGUCUCCUUUUUAAAUCCAUGCUUGGGGAAGGUGUGGAUCUGUGGGGGGGGGCGGGAAUGCAAUCUUGCUGACCUUUCCGAAAACCUUCAAACCUGGCCAUGCCAAAGAUUACACCUGCCAGGUAUUGAUUACAUGAAGCGGCAAGGAGAGGAUUAAGCCAUACAAUGUCUUGGCAGCCUCUUUGCUUAGCUAAUGUCUUGGGCUAAUGAUCUGUCCAGAUCAGAGGCGCUCUCGGAAUAGGCACCUCUGGGUUUGCUUCUAUAUUUGCAUGAAAGGUUAUCUGUGGAAGGGGUGGGUGGUGUAACAGCAGGGAGCAAGUGGCGUAGGACAACCUGUGUGACUAGGGGCAGCUCACAUAGCUAUGAGAAGCUAAAUGAAAUAAGAGAUGGCGCCGCUUUAGCUUGUCCCAUUUCCAAGGAAAAUGAAGGGUAGCAACUAUGGUAGCUUCAAAGUUCAAAUCUUGAUUGAACUGCAGAAUCAAUUCAGACAAAUGUCAAACUCUCCUCCCCCCUCCCCCCCAUUUUUAAAAAAUAAUUUGGCGGUUCCCUCGCUGCGAGAAGCCAAGUUACAGGGAACCAGACGGAGGGCCUUCUCAGUAGUGGCACCCGCCAUGUGUAACGCCCUCGCACUAGAUGUCAAAGAGAAAAACAACUACCAGACUUUUAGGAGACAUCUGAAGGCAGCCCUGUUUAGGGAAGCUUUUAAUGUUUGAUGUAUUAUAGUAUUUUAAUAUUUUGUUGGAAGCAGCCCAGAGUGGCUGGGGAAGCCCAGCCAGAUGGGCGGGGUAUAAAUAAUAAUAAUAAUAAUAAUAAUAAUAAUAAUAAUAUCUGGACAACAUUUGCCUUACCGUCUUGAUUUAUUUUGACAUUUGGAUACUUGAAAACAUGCCCUAUAAAUGCUCCAUGUUUUUAACAUGCAAGUACAUCUGCACCACCCAAACUACUGGAGUAGGGAACACACCAUUAGAUUACAUUGAUAGGCUUGACCCAAAAGCCCUUUCCCCCACAUUUCCCGGAAAUAUUUGUCAGAAUUGAGCUGCGUUGUUCACAGCAGUGCAGGGCCUCCCCUUUUCUAGGGGACAUUUGCAGCACUCUUUGUUGUAUGCUGGCAUAGUGGCGAAUCUAGCAGCUCGACAGCAGGUGGUCUGCCUUUCUUGGAUCACAUGAUUCAUGGUGUCCUGGCUUGAACUGACUGCAGUGCAACGGAACAGUGGCCCGGGGAGUAUGAAAUUAGGUGCCUGAACCUCAGGGGCUCCUGACACACACACACAGUUGUGCUGCCGCUUCAGAAGAUAAUCUGCAUCGAAAAGAUAAUGUUUGCUAACAUACGACGAAGAACCUUUAGACUGCAGAGGGGCUUGCCAUUCCACUCUAAUUAUUUACUUAAUCCCGUGCUGUCUGGUAUGUGUACAGCACCUAAUUCCCCCCCCCCCCCUUGAAUCCAGGACAAAAUCAUCUGGAUAUUCCUGAACUGAAAUGGGAGCAAUUUCUUUGGAUGUUUACAAGGCUUAUUAAACUGCUGCUGUGCUGUCUUCUGUAGCUAUUGCAGACUAAUAGCUUAGGCUGGCAUCCAUCUGUCUCGAGAAACAGUGGAGGUGAAGCCUUUGGGGGUGAAGUCAGAUGAUUGGAGAGUUGCAGCAUCUGCUGUGUCUGUACAGACCAAUACAGAGGAGACAUGUUUUUUUGCAGCUGGGGCAGAUGAAGGUGUCCAGUUGUGCUAAUGCACAUGCACCGUGACGUUUCUUCUCUGCAUUCCCAGCGGCCAUUCCUCCUCUGGUCACUGCUGCGGAUGCACGACUGACUGUCUCCAGGUACUGAUACCAGGUUCCAUUUUUGGAAUGAGCUGCCUGUUGAGUGCAACCUUCUCCAACCUGAUUCUCUCCAGAUGUGGUUCAAAACAUCUGGAAGGCACCAUGUUGUGGAAGGCUUGUUUAAGAGUCUCUGGGACCUGGUGGCCAUUUACCUUCAGGCAUUCCUGCUUGUGACCUUCAUCUGUGGGACGUUGUGAAAAGCCAGCCUGGUGAAUUUGUGUCUACAGAAGGCUGCCCCAGUUGAACCAGAUUCAGGGAGGUAGCCGUGUUGGUCUGACGCAGUAAAAAUACAUUUUUAAAAAUUAAAAAAAUUGUCCAGUAGCACCUUAAAAAGGUAAAGGUACCCCUGCCCGUACGGGCCAGUCGUGUCCGACUCUAGGGUUGCGCGCUCAUCUCGCUCAAGAGGCCGGGAGCCAGCACUGUCCGGAGACACUUCCGGGUCAUGUGGCCAGCGUGACUAAGCGGUGUCUGGCGAGCCAGCACCAGCGCGGCACACGAAAACGCCGUUUACCUUCCCGCUAUAAAGCGGUACCUAUUUAUCUACUUGCACUUAGGGGUGCUUUCGAACUGCUAGGUUGGCAGGAGCAGGGACUGAGCAACGGGAGCUCACCCCGCGGGGAUUCGAACCGCCGACCUUGUGAUCAGCAAGUCCUAGGCACUGAGGUUUUACCCACAGCGUCACCCGCGUCCCCACCUGCGUCCCCACAGUAGCACCUCAGAGGCCAGCCAAGUUUGUUCUUAGUAUCUUGUUCUUGGUAUCUGAAGAAGUGUGCAUGCACAUGGAAGCUCAUACCAAGAACAAAUUUAGCUGGUCUCUAAGGUGCUACUGGACUAUUUAUUUAUUUUUAUAUAUAUAUUUCCAGUUUAACCAGGCAUGGAAAUGCCUCUUGUUCAAGAGUGCACAGAGCUGAACUCAGCUCAGGGUCGUCUUGUGCUACUUUCUCAGGCUCCUAGAAAGGAAAGGCAUUUGACGAGCACCAGCUUAGUGUUAACUCUGUGAAGACCCCCUUGCAAGUAAUGGUAGUCAGAAGUCAGCUGCAAACCUGAAGUGGCCAAAAAAACUUCCCAACCUCUUAAAUGUACUCUCAGUGGCAAAGCCAACUUGGCCUUUCUGUAACGAGGAAUGCCCAUUAAUGUAGUAGCCCUUGUAGAAGUUUCUAACAGUAGCCUUAGAAAAAGGUGUGUUUGUUCUUAUAUUGCAGAUUGGCACUUCUUUAAUGGUUUAUCUUCUGCAAAACCUGGAAGCUGUCUUGUCUUCCUCUUACCUAACUAAAGCUGCAAUGUUCUGCAGCACUUAAAUUUUAUAGACUGCCUUCUACAAAUCAGCUUGCUAAAUGGUGCACAGAUAAAAACUUAACAAAUUACAAAGCUAGACAUGUAUUACAUAAGUAGGGCCUGCAACAAAGUGUUGCAGUUUGUCCCCCAUCCUGAAAAGAGAGCUCCUGUUCAGUAUUCCAGCAAGCACCCCCAGGUCUGUUUUUCCUUUUCCAUUUGUCACAUGGCCUAGUGGGCAUGAUUGGUCCUCAUUGUGCUGUUUGUGGCUUUGUUUGGUUUUUAGGUCCCCCUCAGGUAUAUUCCAUGUUUCUUAUACUUCCUCCAAGCGUGCCAACGCCUCCCUCUUGUUUCUUGACAGCCCUGCCUUGGCUGCAAUCCUGGAGGUACUCACCCAGCAGAGUUUGCUAUUAUAAGGAGUUAUAGUUCCAGAGAAAUACACAGCAUUAAGCACCUAGGCCUGGUGAACAAAAGAACGCUUACUUUGUCAGAGCAGUUCUGACCAAGAAUGGUCGGUGCUGCUCUCAGCCAGAGCGGCGUCUCCUGUCCCUGCUAUGUGGUCCCUUGAGAACUUUAUGCGCCAACACUGAAUUUCCCUCCGUUGUCAUGUAAGGAAGUUUAGCUGCAAGUAUUUUUAAUGGAUUGCGCUAUAAAAGUCAUACCGAUGUUUGGGAUAAACUUAGCAGUGAGUUUGCCUUGUCUCAGUUUGGGAUGAGUUCUCCCAAGAAGGGAGAAGGGACCCCUGACCUUUAGGUCCAGUCGUGACCGACUCUGGGGUUGCGGCGCUCAUCUCGCUUUAUUGGAUGAGGGAGCUGGCGUACAGCUUCCGGGUCACGUGGCUAGCAUGACUAAGCCGCUUCUGGUGAACCAGAGCAGUGCACGGAAACACUGUUUACCUUCCCGCCAGAGCGGUACCUAUUUAUCUACUUGCACUUUGAUGUGCUUUCAAACUGCUAGGUUGGCAGGAGCAGGGACCGAGCAAUGGGAGCUCACCUUGUCGCGGGGAUUCGAACCGCCGACCUUCUGAUCGGCAAGUCCUGGGCUCUGUGGUUUAACCCACAGCACCACCUGCGUCCCCUUUAAGAACAAGAUACCUUGAGCUUAAUUCAGGUUGGGGCCGAAUCGGCUCAUUUUAAAGCUUGCCCCAUUCUGAACUCCAGACCUUGCUGUGUUCCCAGGGGUGUCAUUUUCCAAAUUACCAGGUCUGUGGCCAUUUGUGUGUCCCCCGUCCCCCCCGUUUUUGCAGGCCUUCUUCCACUUCCGUAAAACAUAUCUUCUUGUAGCAGCAGUUGGGAAGGGCCGCAGUGAACAGGCUGCUCCUUAAACCUUCAUCAGGUCCUAAAGCCUGACUGGUACCCAGCACAAUGACCCUUGCCAAUGGAUACCAAGCUACAAUACCAGGGGUCCUUGCUGCUAGAAAGGUAAAUGGGUUUCUCCCCCCCAUGGGGAUGAAUUGAAAAGGAGCCAUACUUGUUUUUGAGCUGAGCUGGAAUUCAAUAGUAUUUUGGCUUUGAUUGCAGUAACCUUAACAUUUCCCACCUGGAAGCGUGUGGGGUGGGGUGGGUGUUUCCAAAACUAUUCACCAGCUUUAGAUUUGGCAAAUCACACGCUGUGUACUGGCAGAGGUGGGGGGGCAGGGAAGUAUAAAGAACAAGCAAGAGCACAACUGUGUAUCUGACAGCAAGAGCCGAAAUCCCUAUAGAAAAAGCUGAACUUGCCCCACACCCCUUCUGGCGCUCGGUAUGGAACUGGCUAGGGCGGAAGGCUCUCGGCUUUCGUUUUUAAAAAUAGCAUGUUCCUAGAGCUCAUGCUUAGGGGUCCUGUUGCAGGUGCUGCACUUCCCAAUCUCUGGAAAGUCCUGUCAAACCCUGUGUAAGCGCUGUGUAUUUUCCAGUUCCCAGCACAGCUACAAGGCUCAUUGCAAAGUACCCUCCCAGGCCGGAUUGUCGUGGGCAGGUGUGGCGCAGACCCUUCUGUGGAAUCCCGUGUCUUGCAACUAUAUGCUGCGUUUUAUUUGGCUUGGCUUGGCAGCCCCCCUACUAAUGCUUCCAGAGUGUGCUGAGCAGCUCUCGGAGGCAAGUCUGAUUUUGACCGAACUGUUGCCUCGCCAUGGGGGCUCCUUGCCCGUCAUUCACACAGUUCUUCUUGAGCGGUGCUUGUGUAAGCUGGUCACAUCUACUGGCUUACGCAGGUGUGGUGUAGAAUGUUGGACUAGGACCUGGGAGGGUUCAAACCUCCACUUGGCUAUGUAGCUCAUUAGGUGACCUUGCGCCAGUUGCAGUCUCUCGGUCUGAACUGCCUCCCAGGAUUGCUGUGAAGAUAAAAUGGGGAGGGAGGGGACCUGUGUCCCACCUUGAGCUCUUUGGAGGUAAGGUGGGGUAAAGGUAAAGGGACCCCUGGCCAUUAGGUCCAGUCGUGACCGACUCUGGGGUUGCGGCGCUCAUCUCCCUUUACUGGCCGAGGGAGCCGGCGUACAGCUUCUGGGUCAUGUGGCCAGCAGGACUAAGCCGCUUCUGGUGAACCAGAGCAGCGCACGGAAACGCCGUUUACCUUCCCGCUGGAGCGGUACCUCUUUAUCUACUUGCACUUUGAUGUGCUUUUCAACUGCUAGGUUGGCAGGAGCAGGGACCGAGCAACAGGAGCUCACCCCGUUGCGGGGAUUCGAACCGCCGACCUUCUGAUCAGCAAGUCCUAGGCUUUGUGGUUUAACCCACAGCGCCACCCGCGUCCCAAGGUGGGGUAUUCAUGCAAUAAAUAAAAAUAAACUCUGUGUCUUAUUGGCAGGCCUGUCCAGGGUAUAUAUGCAGGAGGGCAGGGAGACAAAGCAUGUCCUCUGUUGCCCCACUGUUUGGGAAUGGAUAAUGUUGGUGAUCAGCCUACAUCGGGCGUUUGCUGCCCAGCUAUUAGAGCAAAUGCUUGAAGGCCAUCUUGCAACUGCUUGGCCUGAGCCAUAAAUGCCUACACACCUCUCCUCUUGAGCUUACUGGUUUUUUGUGUUUUUUUUGUUUUUUUUUUUAAAAAAAGGAUCAGUAGCAUAUUGAAAAACAUUCCUUUUCUUGUCAACAGCUCUUCCAAAGAGGAAGGAAGGGAGGCGGUGUGAUGCCAGAGUUCACUCUGACCUUGGAAGUUCAAUAGCUAUUCUUUUUAGGAUGCUGGUCAGGAGAAGAAUGUGUGUCUAUGUGUAUUUUUCUCAUGUUGUGCCAACUUCCUGCCUCCAAACAGUGAGUUCAGUCUGCUUGGCAGGUGCACUGAAAGUCCAUACAAUCUGGGGGGGAGCCUACAUUUUCCAGUGGAACAGCUCCACAGAGGUCUUGGGCAAAAGGGGAUUAUAUCUGUCCAUAGAGAAUAGGCCAAUCAUCAACUAUCAGCAUGGUAACUCAAUGGAGCCUCCAUCUGCAAGGGAUGUAUACCCCUGAAUCCCAGUUGCGUAAGGGGCAAAAAUGUGUGGUGGGAUUAGGCCUCCAUGCUUGGCUUGUGAGCUUCCCAGAAGCACCAAAUUGGCCACUGUGGGACCCAGGGGCUCUCUCCUGCUUGUCUCUCUCUGCUUCGUUCUAGCCUCACUUCUGCGCCUGUUUACAUAGUUGUCCUGAGAUAAUGCCGCCUUAAUUCUCUUCAGUCUGCCUUUUUCCGUGACCAGAGGGUUAUUCAGGGCCACCUCAGGCAUUAAUAUGUUUAUCAGAGCUCCUCUUCAGGUUUCCCAGGCUGGCCCAUUUUACGGGAGAUAUGAGCAUCUACUGCUCAAAAAGCUCUGCGCUCUGAAAGGCACUCCACUCCUCGUAGACCAAAGGGGGAAUGAGAAGGCAGCCAUUAAUUUAUUGGACCUUAAAACGAGGAGCAACUGGAAGCAAACUACUUUGAUCUCCUCCCCUCAAAUCCUUCAUUUUGGAGUUUCUAUUAAAUAUGGAGGCAGGUGAUGUAUUUGGAGUUGGUUUGCUAGAGCCAUAUCUCGUGUGCACAUAUUUUUCCUGUCCCACUGUUGUCGUAGGCUAAGCAGGUUUUGCAAGCUCUUCCCCAAUAGGGAUUUGAAAGCUUGUAAGACCUGUUUGACCAGAGACAAAAGAGAUGAGUGUGCACACCAUGGAAAACAGCGUCUGAAAAACACUGCCUCCAAAUAACUCUUUGGGGAAACAAAUCAUUUGCUUCCCAUGAUAGCUUUCGGGAAGAAUGCAUCAUUCUUGCAUGAGCACUUGGUGGGUUUCCAUGAAAGAACCAGGUGUUCACCAGGGCGGCCAUCUUUAUCUGGAGGUGGGCUCUACAGAUACAGCAGAGAGCUGAAACUGCACAUUUAAUCCUGACUAGUAGGGGGAAAGGGACACGGGUGGCGCUGUGGUCUAAACCACUGAGCCUCUUGGGCUUGCCGAUCAGAAGGUCGGCGGUUCGAAUCCCCACGGCGGGGUGAGCUCCCGUUGCUCGGUCCCUGCUCCUGCCAACCUAGCAGUUCGAAAGGACGUCAAAGUGCAAGUAGAUAAAUAGGCACCGCUCCGGCGGGAAGGUAAACGGCAUUUCCAUGCGCUGCUCUGGUUCGCCAGAAGCGGCUUAGUCCUGCUGGCCACAUGUACGCUGUACGCCGGCUCCCUCGACCAAUAAAGCGAGAUGAGUGCCGCAACCCCAGAGUUAGCCACGACUGGACCCAAUGGUCAGGGGUCCCUUUACCUUUUAGUAGGGGGAAAGGCUCUGAGACACUGCCUGGCAGGACUUAAGAAAUCUUGAAAAGCUUCUGGGAGAACAGAGGCGCAGAGUGACCUUGUUCCAAAUGCUUGGAUUCAGCACCAGUGUCCCCCAUGGGUGGGGUGAAGAGACUCUGCUGCUGCAAAACCCCACAUCCAAUGUGAACCCUUGUCACUGGGUGGUGGGUAUCAGGGUCAAACUGGGCACGAGAUGGGGGUGAACUCCUGACCCUUUACCAUUUGAUACUGAAAUCAUAACCAUGGGCAGCUUCAGAUGUCGUCAGAGCAGUGACGGGAGGUGGGGCAGCUUAAUUCGUCCCAUCUGGCCGGUUUUCUGUAGAUCAAAAUGAAGCUGGGUGCCUUGCACCCCACCCUCCAUAGAUGGAAAAGCAGCAUGGGAAGGGCAGUUUUAAUUAGAGAGAGAAAAUGCCCCAUUAGGAAGGGCUCCCUCCCCACCAUUCUCUACUACCCUGAUCAAGUUUGCAGUCCCACCACCCCCAAACUGCAUUUCAGAUUUUAAAGCUAUAGGGCGACUGCAUGCCGUCCUUCAACUGUACUUCAACUCUGGAGUGCAGGAAAUGAGAAAGCCUCGCCUCGCAGACUACUGCUAAGAAGCAGCUGCUCCCCUGCUCAGCUAGAAUCUAUGGACAUUUCCCGCAGGUCUCCAUGGAGGGGUAUUUGUGUUAUUACCAUUUAUUAAGUUUUGUAUCCCUCCCUCCCUUCCUCCCAAAGGAGCCCAGGGCGGCAAAAAAACAAAGCAGCGAAAACAGUGCAAUUAGAAACGAAAACAUACUCGCGGCAUUCGAAACUGUUUAAGAACAUCUGCAAACGUGUUAGAUCGAAAACAUUCUGCUCAGAAUACGCAGCACAAUAUUCCGCUGUAAGACGCACCGGCUGGUUAACUCGAGGUGUCCGCAGACAUUUCACAACAGCCGUCAGAAUGUUAUCCAGCCGUCGUCGGGCAGAGUUGGAGGCAAAUCAACGAGAGCAAGAACCAGGCGGGAAGGGGGGGGUGUCAAGUGAAGGUUGUCCCUGGGAACUGAGGACACUUAAGCAGCACCUAAGGUUUUCUUAGGGAUGCGGGUGGCGCUAUGGGUUAAACCGCAGAGCCUAGGACUUGCCGAUCAGAAGGUCGGUGGUUCAAAUCCCUGCGACGGGGUGAGCUCCUGUUGCUCGGUCCCAGCUCCUGCCAACCUAGCAGUUCGAAAGCACUUCAAAGUGCAAGUAGAUAAAUAGGUACCGCUCUGGCGGGAAGGUAAAACGGCGUUUCCGUGCGCUGCUCUGGUUCGCCAGAAGCGGCUUAAUCAUGCUGGCCACAUGACCCAGAAGCUGUACACCGGCUCCCUCGGCCAAUAAAGCGAGAUGAGUGCCGCAACCCCAGAGUCAGCCACGACUGGACCUAAUGGUCAGGGGUCCCUUUACCUUUACCUUUUAAGGUUUUCUUAACAUAGUGGCUAGACUGGCUUUCUCAAACCUAGGUUUCCAGCUGUUGUUGGACUACAACUCCCAUCGUCCCUAGCUAACAGGACCGGUGGUCAUGGGUGAUGGGAGUUGUAGUCCAACAACAGCUGGAGACCCAGGUUUGGGAAACACUCCGUAUGUGGUGGACGUUGUGGAACACUUGAGAGGUUCUGGAUUUUAUCAGGAGACAUUUCUUGUGGGGGUGCGGUGUAGCUUCCUAUGUGGUUGAACUGGGACUGCGUCUGCCAGCCUUUUCCAACUUGCAGUUGUCCCCCAGAUGUUUUGGGGCUACAUCAGCCUCAGCCAGAGCAACCAAUAAUAAUAAUAAUAAUAAUAAUAAUAAUAAUGGAAGUUUCAUCCAAAACAUCUGGACGGCAGGCACCAAGUUGGGGAAGGCUGUUGUAAACAGAGGAAUUUGAGGACAGUGACUCUCCUGGUAUUCUAUUGCAUAUUGCUAAGAAUUUCAGCGAUCUCUUUCCUUGGCAAAUGGCAACAGCUAAUGUAGCAAAAGAAUGUUACUGGGGAAUUCAGUAUGCAGAUUCGGUCUUUUUGUAAUAUCUCCUACCUUGGACAAAAUGUACUUUUGUUUUGAGCCUGCAGAAGUUCAGCUCCCCUGGGAUCACGCACACAAACACACACACGCUUUUCUCCCUGAUGUUUCCUUAAAAAACUAUUUGUGCAUGCAUGCGGUUGUGCCAGUUCUUUCACUAUUGGGAUUCUACUACCUGCUCAGAAUGAGGAAAUGCCUCUGAGUUGGUCAGUUUUUGCAAAAGGGAAAGAUGCCCAGACUAUCCUGCUGCUCCCACUGAAGCUGUCCCUUGUCCAAGACGGUGUUGGAAGUGGGAUAUUGGGUGUACACAGUUGCCCUGAGGCCAUUGGCACUGUUCUCUGGAUGAGCAAGCAAGUGGCAUAUUACAAGGCUGAACCAACUCCCCUGGAGCCGUUGCUCAGGACCAGAGAGGCAUCAGUUCUCCAGGAUUAGGACAACGUCCAGGUCUAAAUUCAGAAUGGAAAACAGCCUGCUAAAAGCUUGCAGGAAACCUAGUCUUAAUUGUACAAAUCUCCUGUUUAGCGCUUAAGAUACAGUGGUAUGAAAUGUCUUUAAUGCUGCUUUUUUUAUUAUUUUUAACCAAGGCUGGGAGAAUGAAUCGACUCUUAAUCUUCUAGCACUUGCCAGAGCUGAACAAAUAUUUCAGAAUCCAUUACAUUUCUUAGCAGCUAGGUAUCUGGGAUUUCCCCAGUUCUGGUUUUAUGCCUUUAACCUGCACUUAGGACUCUCACUUGGAUGAAGUUAAGCCUUAGAAUGUUUGAACUGCUGGUUUUUGGCACGCUGGUUUCGACUUUCCUCGUGGGUUCGGGUAGGGAAGGGAACAGAAUCACGUUGGCUUAGUCAGAUAGUGCUGUGCGCAAUCAGAUUUGCCAUUUUUUGUAUGUUGUGUUAUUACCAUGGUUGCCUGUGGACUGCCGUGGGCCCUUAUGGAAAGACAGUUUAUAAAUAGAGAAGGAGAGCUUUGUAUUGCUCUCGCUGGCUCUGUGGUUCAGUGUGGUGGAAGAGAGUAAAAUGCAGUUUGCAGUAAGUUUUUGGUGUGUAUUAGUCAGAGAGAGAGAGAGUCAUUCAGAGGCCCACACCCCUAGGAAGUCUGCUUGUAGCAAGGACUUGGGUGGGAUCUGCCAAGGCAGUAGAAAUUAUUUGCUGUAUCAAACCUCUUGUCAGUGAAAGCUACUCCCUUCAGUGGGGAAGUGGCCAUAGCUCAUUGGCACUUCACUUACUUUGCAUGCUGAGAAUCAAGGAAUCUCAGACAAAUUGAAAGAGAUUUGUUAGCAGGGCUAGGGAAGACUGCUGGUAUGGCUAUUAAUAUAAUUCCACAUAGAUCAUGGGUGGGAAACCUUUAUGGCUCCACAGACUCAAUCCUUAGCUUCCCUCCCUGAACCCUUCUUUAGAGCUGCCAUCACACCCACAGUUUGUACGCGGCCCAGCGACCACUUGGGGGAGCCACAUUAUUGCUGCUGGUAAGACAGUUGCCCUGGCUUCAGUGCCCAGCGCUCUGCAAUUUGCCACUGCCUGUCUGUCUCCACACCCUCACCCGGUGCUCGGACGUUUUUGUGUCAUUUAUUCUUUUUUCCCCGCUUCCCCAGCUGCAGGGCUUUUUGACCCCGUGAUCUGAUCCAGCAAACCCAACGCAGUUUCAGUUUCUGAGCUUUUUGGUACAGUUUCUGAGCUUUUUGGGCAGUCUGGAGCCAGUAUGAACACACCUUGUAUUGAAUUGGACUGUUGAGCCUUCUAGCCCACUUCUCUGUCUUCUCUGACAGGCAGUGGCACUCUAAGGCCUUCAGCAAAAAAAUAAAAAUAAAAUUCUCAGCUCUGCUACCUGAGAACUUUUAAACUGCAGGUACCACAGAUGCAUACGGGACGCGGGUGGCGCUGUGGGUUAAACCACAGAGCCUAGGACUUGCCGAUCAGAAGGUCGGCGGUUCGAAUCCCCACGACGGGGUGAGCUCCCGUUGCUCAGUCCCAGCUCCUGCCAACCUAGCAGUUCAAAAGCACGCCAAAGUGCAAGUAGAUAAAUAGGUACCGCUCCGGCGGGAAGGUAAACGGCGUUUCCGUGCGCUGCUCUAGUUUGCCAGAAGCGGCUUAGUCCUGCUGGCCACAUGACCCGGAAGCUGGACGCCGGCUCCCUUGGCCAGUAAAGUGAGAUGAGCGCCGCAACCCCAGAGUCGGCCACGACUGGACCUAAUGGUCAGUGGUGCCUUUACCUUUACCUUUACCACAUAUGCAUAGUUUAUGCACUCCCACUGAACUGUGGCUCCUCACCUAAGGUUGAGUCUUGUGCUGGCUCCAGCAUGAUGAAAAUGGGAUUUGAACCCACGGCUCCAUAGAUGCAAGCUUGGGGCAGCGACCCUAAGUAAGGCACUGUGACAUAGGAGCCGAGUGCUUAGUAUAAUAGGGUGUUGUGAGAACUAGGGCGAGGAGGUUUGUGGUUUCAUUUUAAGUUACGCAUCAGUUUCAUGGGGUUCUGUUCAAAAUAUGUUGGGGUGCAGGGAUCCUUUGGGCACUAAGUACAUGUCUGGGCUUUUGAGGGCGCUAGCUCCAGGAACAUAGAGCAGGACACAGGGCUCUCCCCCCCCCUUAAAAAGAUAAAGGGACCCCUGACCAUUAGGUCCGGUCGUGGCUGACUCUGGGGUUGCGGCGCUCGUCUCGCUUUAUCGGCUGAGGGAGCCAGCAUACAGCUUCCGGGUCAUGUGGCCAGCAUGACUAAGCCGUUUCUGGCGAACCAGAGCAGCGCACGGAAACGCCAUUUACCUUCCUGCCGGAGUGGUACCUAUUUAUCUACUUGCACUUUGACGUGCUUUCGAACUGCUAGGUUGGCAGGAGCAGGGACCGAGCAGUGGGAUCCGUCUUGAGGAUUCGAACCGGCGACCUUCUGAUCGGCAAGUCCUAGGCUCUGUGGUUUAACCCACAGCGCCACCCGCGGCCUCUCCCCCCCCCUUAGGAAUGCACAAAAAUACAGAGCUCUGGGCUUCCCCCUUUGUUGCCUUUGCUUCAGCUACUGGAAGCCAGCCUGUGUCAAGCCUUACAGCACUUCUGCAAAAUGCACUUUUGCAUUCUCUCUCCACCCCACCCCCCCGCAAGAUAAAAAAAGGGGGGGGGAAUCAUCUCAAAGAAACUGAAAUCAGCAGCUGCCUCCUCUGAAAAUAACACGUCUAUUGUCUCAUGGAUUGCUUCAGAUUUGGCAUGAUCUGUACUUUCGGAAAAGUCUCUUUCAACAGGUUAUUUGAGGGCAAAGGAAUUUCUUAGACUUGCAAGCUUAAUUCUUCCUAGCUCAGCUUAACUGCUGCUUUCUCCUGAAGACCCUUUGCGCGUGGGGUGGGGGGAGCUGUGUACUUCUCAUUUUUUUCUUUGUGUGUUAAGGGCUCAGGUUGCCGGGGGGGGGGGGCGUCUCUGGGGGUUUUGAUAGGUCUCUGGUAGAAAUCUCAGCAGGCGGUGAAGUUGCUUAACGUAAUGUAGAAGUCAUGUCUUGUAAUCCGAAGAGAGAAGAAUGUACACAGCAGCCUCAUAGCGCUUUCAUCGCUUUGAGCACCUUCCUCCUUGGCCCUCUUCUUUCUAGAUUGCAGGAAGAAUGACACGGGGCCUUUUCCUUCUCCCUCCUCUAGCCUCUUGGGAAAGCAGUGGGGGGCAGCCAUGCGUUGCUUCUUCCCAGCCUGGGAAAAGAGCAAAGCAUAUUUUUCCUCAUUGGUCGUUGCAAGGCUUUGUGGGUGAAAAUCCUAUCUGAGCUGCAUCUGCAAAUGGUCAAGGAGCUGUGUGGAGCCUGGAGCCCAGAUUGUAGAACUUGGUUGCAUCUUGUGGUUUGUUGGGCUUGUGGUUUGUCUCACCCCAUGCACAUUGCAAGCUGUAACCAUGGUCUGCCUUGCCAUGCAUUGUUUGUUAGGAAGAAAAACCCUGAGCCUGGGUUCGCUUAUACAGUGGUACCUCGGGUUACAUACGCUUCAGGUUACAGACUCCGCUAACCCAGAAAGAGUGCCUCGGGUUAAGAACUUUGCUUCGGGAUGAGAACAGAAAUCGUGCUCCGGCGGCAGCGGGAGGCUCCAUUAGCUGACGUGGUGCUUCAGGUUAAAAACAGUUUCAGGUUAAGAAUGGACCUCCGAAACGAAUUAAGUUCUUAACCCAAGGUACCACUGUACUGCUAAGCAUGGGUAGGCAAACUAAGGCCUGGGGGCCAGAUCUGGCCCGAUCUCCUUCUAAAUCCGGCCCAUGGACGGUCCGGGAAUCAGCAUGUUUUUACAUGAGUAGAAUGUCCUUUUAUUUAAAAUGGAUCUCUGGGUUAUUUGUGGGGCAUAGGAAUUCGUUCAUCCCCCCCCCCCAAAAAAAAUAUAUAGUCCGGCCCCCAACAAGGUCUGAGGGACAGUGGACUGGCCCCCUGCAGAAAAAGUUUGCUGAGCCCUGCUGCUAAGGCAUACUGUGGCUUAUCUUCUGGUAGCGCUGCAGGAGUGGGCGAGAGGAGCAAAGCUUAUAGGUUUUAUUUUACAGACUCUCUUAAAUAAAGCGGCCACAGUUUUCUUACUGUGCUUGCUAUUUGUGCUAAGCCUCAGUUUGGCUUAGCAUUAUGUGUAAACAAGGCCAGCCAAUAGCCAGUCCACGUAUAGAAGUUCCCUGUUGAUGCGAGGUGACAAAACCUCCCAGGGUGGAGCUGAAGGAGUAGGAGAAGAAAGAGCUGUGAGUCGAGCAGGGGGCUUUCCCAUCCUUUGGACCCCCUGGGAAAUUCAACAAACCUGCUGCUCCUGGAACUGGGUGGGGAGAGGCUGGGUGGGGAGAGGCUGAUGAUGAUAAUAAUAAUAAUGUAUUUAUACCCCACCCCUCUGGCUGGGCUUCCCCAGCCACUCUGGGCGGUUUCCAACACAAUAUUAAAAUACAGUAAUGCAUCAAACAUUAAAAGCUUCCCUAAACAGGGCUGCCUUCAGAUGUCUUCUAAAAGUCUGGUAGUUGUUGUUCUCUUUGACAUCUGAUGGGAGGGUGUUCCACAGGGCGGGUGCCACCACCAAGAAGGCCCUCUGCCUGGUUCCCUGUAACUUGGCUUCUCGCAGGGAGGGAACCGCCAGAAGGCCCUCGGCGCUGGACCUCAGUUUCCGGGCAGAACGAUGCAGGUGGAGACGCUCCUUCAGGUAUACAGGACCGAGGCCGUUUAGGACUUUAAAGGUCAGCACCAACACUUUGAAUUGUGCUCGGAAACGUACUGGGAGUCAAAGGCAAAUGGGGUUGACCUGGGUCAGGAUAAAAGGAAAGGACUGUCGUUUGAAUGGGGACUCCAGCAAUGAUAGAAAUGUAAUACAAUGGUACCUCUGGUUGUGAACAGGAUCCGUUCCGGAGGCCCAUUUGCAACAUGAAAAGAGCGUAACCCGCAGCAGCGCAGCAGCGCAUGCGCGGGUUGUGAUUCGCCGCUUCUGCACAUGCGUGUGACGUCAUUUUGCGCUUCUGCGCAUGCGCGAGCGGCGAAACCCGGAAGUAACCCUUUCCGGUACUUUCGGGUCACCGCGGGACGUAACCUGAAAGAACGUAACAUGAAGCAAAUGUAACACAGGUAUGACUGUAUAUUAGAUAUUUUGCAAGGGGUAAUGUUCUUGGGUGUUUAUAUUCCUGCAGUGCAUUGUAAAUACGGACUUUGAUCAAAACUGUAAAAUGCUUCUCAUUGAGGGGGUGGGGGUUAGUGCUUUGCUUCUCACUGGCAGUCCCUCAUCUAACCCUCAUCUCAAAAAGAAAAAGAAAAAAAGGGUUCAUUGGAACAACAUGCUGUGUGGCACAAAGGACUGCAGCUGCAAUAGGGGAAUAUCAGAGUAUCCCACAUGCAUGCAUGAACACACACAUCCAUGCAUAAGUAUAGCUUCUACUCGCACAAGCAUGCUUUGAGCCAUAGUUAUGACGUCCGGCUUGCAGUUGUGCGGGGCCUGGUAUCUCUUCCCCCUCGUCCACAGCAGAGCGAAACUUUUCCCAAGGUCAAGAGACGGUGGCUUACAAUCUAGUCAGAAUUCAUCUGGAGUCUCUUCUUUGCUUCUCUUCCAAGAGCCGUACGUAGAUCUUCUCCUGCCGGCAAAUAUUUGCACAGGCUUUUCUGCAUCCUUCCGACGGCAUCAGAAUCCUGGCUCCGUUACGUUGUGCAGACACAUUUCUUGGAAUAAUGUUUGGCAGAGGUGGUGUGGAGAGCUAGAACAGGUUUGGGUGGGAGAGUCGAGCAACGCCACAGAGGUGUGUGCACCAAUGCUGCAUCGUUCGAGCACGUUUCCCCCGGGCGGCUGAGGCAACCUAGUCAGAUGGGCAGCAUAUAAAUAAAUUAUUAUUAUUAUUAUUAUUCUCUAAAGCUCUGAGCUUGGAGUAAAUCUGCACUCUGGUCAGUCUGUUGGUUUUUGUUGGGACAUUUGACUUGUGUCUGAAUUUCCACUUUCUCCAGAUUUGAGUAUUGCUUUCUUAGGUGGACCAAAUGAGAAAAAAAAAGGGGGGGGGAGCCAGGAUACACAACUUUGUUCUUGAAAGUUGCACAUCCAGUUCUCUUUCUGGCAAAUGGGACACCUUUUAGAAGGAGUUGGGGCAGAACUGAAGUCGCUCAGCCCAACCUGGCCCAGAACCAGCUUGUGGUUUUAUUUGAAGCUGCUGCAGCAAGUAAGAGAUCACACAGAGAAGCUGCGCAACAUUUGAUUAUCUUCCUCUCCUCCCCUUUUUAAGAAUAUCAGUUAAUAACUUAGGUAUGGGCAGGCAGGCUGGUGAGAAUGAUUGUGGCCUACCAGCUUUGAUUAUUUGUUUAAGGCUUGCUUAUGCUGUAGCCAGUUGUUUCUCAAGACUCAGGGCAGUAGGCAUUUUAUUACUAUUAUUAUUCUAACCAUUAAAGCACAAUAUUAAUUUUUUUAAGUAACGUGUACAAGCAUCAGAUGCAAAGGAUGACUGGAUAGUUGGUUUUCUUUCAGAGCGCUGAAAGUUGUAUGGUGUGUUUUGGGUGUUCAGGAUUUCUUGGCUAAACAGUGUGUUGCCAAAGGUGACUUCUGGUAUUUGCAUUUAAAGCAUUUCCUUUUAUUGCCUUUCUGCAGAAAGCUCAGAUACACCUGUACAGUAAGAGAGAUAGCAUAAUGUGGUCUCUUCCUUCAAAUUCCACCCGCCUUUCCCAUGAAUGAAUGGGCAGUAAAAUGGCAAAUAUAAUUUAUUGUGAACAAGAGUAAGGUGAUGCAUGCUGGGGCAAUAAAUGAAUCUUUAUUUCACUGGUGGUGAUUGACCAGGGAUCAUCGUGGAGAGUUUGAUGAAGUUGUCGGCCCAGUGUGCGGCAGCUGUCAAAAGGGGAAAUUCCAUACUGGGGAUCAUCAGGAAGGAUACCUACAGGUACCGUAAUGCCGUUACACAGAUCUGUUGGAAUACAAAUCCCAUUUGGAAUACUGUGUGCAGUUCUGGUCAGCUUCUUGAAAAAGGUUCAGAAAAGAGACAACCAAAUGACUCCUCCUCAAAGAAAGCUUGCAGCAUAGGAGAUUCUUUAGAGAAAAUAUGAGUAAGAGGUGACACGAUAGAAUCUUGUAAAAUUAUGCACGGCAUGGAGAAAGUGAAUACAGUGGUGUAAAGGUAAAGGGACCCCUGACCAUUAGGUCCAGUCGUGGCCGACUCUGGGGUUGUGGCGCUCAUCUCGCUUUACUGGCCGAGGGAGCCGGCGUACAGCUUCUGGGUCAUGUGGCCAGCAUGACUAAGCCGCUUCUGACGAACCAAAGCAGCGCACGGAAACACCAUUUACAUUCCCGCCAGAGCGGUACCUAUUUAUUUACUUGCACUUUGACGUGCUUUCGAACUGCUAGGUUGGCAGGAGCAGGGACUGAGCAACGGGAGCUCACCCCGUCGUGGGGAUUCGAACCGCUGACCUUCUGAUCAGCAAGUCCUAGGCACUGUGGUUUAACCCACUGUGCCACCCGCAUCCCUGAAUACAGUGGUAUGUCGGCUUAAUAACUUAAUUCGUUCUGGAGGUCCGUUCUUAACCCGAAAGUGUUCUUAACCUGAAGCACCACUUUAGCUGAUGGGGCCUCCUGCUGCCGCCGCACCGCCAGAGCACGAUUUCUGUUCUCAUCCUGAAGCAAAGUUCUUAACCCGAGGUACUAUUUCUGGGUUAGCGGAGUCUGUAAGCUGAAGCGUCUGUAACCUGAGGUACCACUGUAGAGAAAAGCUUCUCCCCCGCCCUUUCGUAGCACUGGGAACUCGUGGGCACCCGGAGAAGUUGAAUGUUGGAAGAUUCAGGACAGAUAAAUAAUAAAGUGCUGGUUCACAUAGCACAUAGUUAAAACUCUGGGAUUUGCUCAUGCAGGAGACAGUGAUGGCCAGCAACUUGGGAUGGCUUGAAAAAGAGGAUUGGACGGAUUCAUGGAGAGGGCUAAUGAUGGCUGCUAGCUGUGAUGGCUCUGUUGGCCUCCACGAUUUGAGGCAGCAGAUCUUCUGAAGACCAGUUGUUGGAAAUGACAGGAGGGGAGAGUUUCUCUUGUGCCUGGGGUCCUACUUGCGAGUUUCCCCCAGGCGUCUGUCUGGUUGGCCACUAUGAGGACAGGAUUCUGGACUAGAUGGGCCACUGGCCUGAUCCAGCAAACUCCUCCGAUCUUAAAGCUCUCAAUACAGAAAUGAAGCCAACGCUAGAAUCUGUAACCUGAAGUCAUUUACGGGUUUCAAGCCUUUAUAGCCUGAACUCUGUUUCACCUGUGUUGUCUGGCCAGGUACUUUGGGUCUGCUUAAACCACGGCAAACGGCCUCAGACGUAUUUUGAACAGGCUUCAUUUAUGAGAGGAUUAUUUCAGAUUUGCCGGUAAAGGAAUUCUAACAAUCUGCUGUUCCUGGGGUGCCAGGGUUCUCGAGAGUUUGAUAAGCCUCGCGCACAUGACAAACGUUUCCUUGACUUGCAUGCAUUUAGUAUUGAAAGUAAACAUGAAGUCACCAUCCUAGGAGGACUCAACGAAUUUGUAGUGAAGUUCUAUGGACCACAAGGAAGUAAGUAUGCAAAUAUUCCCCACCAUUUGUGAUACUUAAGCUGUUGGUUUUUUUAAGCACUUACUACAUAAUUUGUUGAUUUGCCAGGAAAGCGUACCACUGAGAAGAAAGGAAGGUGUUUGGGUGGGUUUUUGGUUUUUCCCCUGUUUCUUUUUUACAAAAAUGCCCAUCCCCUGUGCCUCUCAUGAAAUAUGUCCUGUCUUACUGUGAGGCUGGGGCUAACACUUUAGCACCUGUGAGUGCAGUGGUGCCCUUCCAGACUUUGCCUGGCACCUACAAAAGCCUCCAGGUUCCCAUGCCUCCUGCUCACUACCCUGGUCACCACGAGGUGGCAUGGGUGGUUUACUCCCCAACCACCUUGGAAAAGUACACAGAACCAGAAGAGGAAGCUGAAAGAGUUAUACCUUUCCUCCACUUUUCAAAGCUCAGGUCAGCACUAGAGCUGUUGGAUGGAAGGCAGAGUGACCAAGAAGAUGGUGGGGAAUAAUAAUAAUAAUAAUAAUAAUAAUAAUAAUAAUUUAUUUGUACCCUGCCCAUCUGGCUGGAUUUCUCCAGCCACUCUGCGCGGCUUCCACAAAGACCAAAAAUACACUAAGAUGUCACACAUUAAAAACUUCCCUGAACAGGGCUACCUUCAGAUGUCUUCUAAAUGUCAGGUAGUUAUUUUUCUCUUUGACAUCUGAUGGGAGGGCGUUCCACAGGGCGGGCGCCACCACCGAGAAGGCCCUCUGCCUGGUUCCCUGUAACCUCACUUCUCGCAAUGAGGGAGCCUCCAGAAGGCCCUCGGAGCUGGACCUCAGCAUCCGGGCAGACGCUGGGAAGGGAAGGAAACUGGGUGGAAGAGGAAAAGGAAACAGUUGAGGAAGGGAGAGAAAAUUGGAUGAAAGAGAGAUGGGGCACCUGCACGCACUUUGGACCAAGUAGAGUGGAUCCUCUUAAAAUGGCAUACUGUUUUCCCCAGAGGUUCCCUGCUGCCACCUCCCAUCAAAUCACAGGUCACCUCUAGCUCCACUGACCAAACCGUAAGAAUCAUGGAUCUGGGGCACUGAUCCUUAUGGAUUCUCAUAAGUGAUCCCCUCAAAAGCACCAUCAAAUCGUAGGUCACCUCUGAAUACACGGUUGUGUUCUGUGAUCUGGUGGUUGGGCUUUCACAAUCCUUUGUCAAAAUCAUGAGAAUCCAUGCUGUGGAUGAAUAUUUUUAUGACGCUAGCAAGCACCAGAACUGCUCUUUGUUGUGUAGUCCAUCACUGUAAGCUUUCAUUUGAUGGUGAGUUUUGGGAGGACCCUGUGUAAAUACAGAAAUUCACAAGGCUCUGGAUUAGGUUUUUACCCAGGCCCCUUGGAAAAGCCAAGUAUUUGUGUGUGUGGCCAUUAAAUAUAGGGUAGUCCAAAAAGCUGAAGGCACAAUGCCAUUGGGAAGGUCUUCUGCAAAAGCCCCAUUGGAAGCAAAUGGGUUAUCAUUCAGUCCUUUAUGUGCCUUUACGGUUAAGAAUGCAAACCAUGCUUGAAGAUAUUUGUUCAGUUUGUGUUUGUGCAGCUAACACCGUUUUCCUUCCCUGAUUGCAGCACCGUACGAAGGUGGCGUGUGGAAAGUUAGAGUGGAUCUUCCUGACAAAUACCCCUUCAAAUCCCCAUCUAUAGGUAACGGAUUCAAAUGUUUACCAUUUUUCUUGCUUGUUUAACUCCUAGAGGAAACUCCCAAAUUAUCCAUAACACUCUGCCAAGGUUGUUGUUGUUUAAGUAAAGAGGUGAGAUAACAAUGUCUGAACAAUGGUCAGGUGUUCCAUAGCUUGGACCCACCCACCCAGGAGCUGAGAGAUCGAACCUCAGGUCUCUAGACUACAAGCUUCAUAUAUGUAGCUGAUGUGCCCUGAGCUUUGAUCUUCUCUCUGCACUCCUUCUACUCACCCCUGCCUCUCUGCAUUUGAGCAGCACCAGGAAGCUCCGGACUAAGAAAUUGGAAGUGGUAUUUAGCACUACUGGUCCCUGCAACACACACACACACCAUCAGAACUGGCGCAGGUGUGUUGACUGGUCCAUGCGUCUAAGCAGGACAAUCAGUCCAUGUGCAGUCCGCACAGCUGGCUUUCUACAGUGAACAUGGCAUUGUCCAGUGAGAGGGGAAAGCACCUCUGUAGGCCUGUGAACUAGAAGCUUGUAUUUCUAGGAACCAUGCCUUUUUCUCCAAAUGGAUGCAGGAGAUAUUGUCUCCCUGACUAACCAGGCUCUCUUAAAGGUAAAGGGACCCCUGACCAUUAGGUCCAGUCGCGGGCAACUCUGGGGUUGCGGCGCUCAUCUCGCUUUAUUGGCUGAGGGAGCCGGCAUACAGCUUCCGGGUCAUGUGGCUAGCAUGACUAAGCCGCUUCUGGCGAACCAGAGCAGCACAUGGAAACGCCAUUUACCUUCCCGCCAGAGUGGUACCUACUUAUCUACUUGCACUUUGACGUGCUUUCGAACUGCUAGGUUGGCAGGAGCAGGGACCGAGCAACGGGAGCUCACUUCGUCACGGGGAUUCGAACCGCCGACCUUCUGAUCGGCAAGUCCUAGGCUCUGUGGUUUAACCCACAGCGCCACCCAGAUCCCAACCAGGCUUUCUUAAGUAUUGCCAAAGUUGAAAGCUCAGUGGCUCUAUGCCUGCUGAGGAUGGGGUUGCUUCCUUGUGGUAAAUGAUACAGGUGUUAAAAGUAUAUGGUGUUUGUCUCACUCUUCCCAAAGCGUGUUUAUUCUUCCCUACAAACUUCUCCUCCUUGUGACCAAAAGGAGAGCCCGUAGAAUUCAGGGCAGGGCACAGUGUGGUUGUUUCUCUCCACCCCCCGUCACUUGGGAGAGAGCUUUCCUCCACCCUCCUUGGUGCCCCCCACUGCCAGACCUCCUGUAUGAGUCAUCAGCUCUUGCGUACUUGAGUGGGAGAAGGCAAUAUGAUGAUAUGUGGGUGCCACCUACAGGACAGGAGGGCACAACAGAUUGGAAGCCAGGGGUGAUCAGGCAGUGAGAAGGCUCACCCUCCUCGCCGUAUUGAAAGUAAAGGAGUUCAUCUAAGGACACAAGUGGGGCACAGUCUAAAUCUUCUCUCGGUACACAGUGACACAGCAUCGGAGCAUCUACGAAUUCUCACCCUGGGUUCUGUGUCUUGGUCUGUCCCAUUAGAGCAGGCAUCCCCAACCUGUGGCCCUCCAGAUGUUUCGGCCUACAACUCCCAUGAUCCCUAGCUAACAGGGCCAGUGGUCAGGGAUGAUGGGAAUUGUAGUCCAAAACAUCUGGAGGGCCGAAGGUUGGGGAUGCCUGCAUUAGAGCAUGACAGAGCACUGGGACUUGCUUUCAUUGUUUUCUUUGCAGAUGCAACUUUGAGUAUGGGACAAACCCAUGUUGACAGUUUCCAAGCAGUGGGUUUUGUUGCUAAACUUCAGUUUUAAAACAUGAAGUUGGGAGGCAGCAGUGAAUUGCGGCAAAGUCUCGACAUGCUUUUCCUGGAGUUUUGAAAAGGGAGGUGCUAACUCAGCAGUGACUGCAUUUCCACUUAAGGGUAGGUUUAUAUGUCAAGCCACAGAGGUGCUUAUGAGGACUCUUCCAUCUAGGGAACAGGAGAGGCUUGAGGGAGAAGCGGUGUGGAGACGUCAUGCGUCUCUUAAAGACGCUUGGACAAGACAGGCAGCCUCCUCUUCCAGCCUAACAUCCUGCUUUGAGUCAGCAGGCCGUGGCUGUUUUCAUUACUUAAAAUAGACCUUUGCAUAGUGUAUCUGCAUUCUAUUUUCAGUGUGCGUUGCUUCUUCCCUAAUUUGCUUUUCAACUACUGUCAGCCCACUUAACACACAGCGUUCUCUAGGGCGGGCCCAGGCUUGCGUCCUCAGCCAACUCAAGUGUCGCCACUUGGGAGAAAAACCCACCUAGGGUGGAGCUGAGUUUGUGCAGCUACAGGAAAGCUGGCCGUACAUCUGCCUGUUAAGAAACCCAGCGCUGCAUUUGUUGAACGGAAAUGUGUACGGAUGCCAGAUUUUUAGUAGCACUCGGAACUAACCUCUCAAGUAGAUAGAAUCAUAGAAUUGUAGAGUUGGAAGGGACCCCAGGAACAUCUAGUCCAACCCCCUGCAAUGCAGGAAUCUCAGCUAAAGCGUCCAUGACAGAUGGCCAUCCAACCUCUGCUUAAAAACCUCCAAGGAAGGAGAUUCCACCACAUCCCAAGGGAAUCCGUUCCACUGUCAAACAGCUCUUACUGUCAGAAAGGUCUUCCUGACGUUGAGUCAGAAUCUCCAUUCUUGUAACUUGAGGCCAUUGAUUCGAGUCCUGCUCUCUGAAGCAGGAGAAAACAAGCUUGCUCCAUCCUCCUUUGGAUAUUUGAAGAUAGCUUUCAUAGCUCCUCUCAGUCUUCUCUUUUCCAGGCUAAAUAUCCCCAGCUCCCUCAGCUCUUCCUCGUUAGGCUUGGUUUCCAGACCCCUGACCAUCCAGCUUGUCAACAUCCUUCAUAAACUGUGGUGCCCAGAAUUGGACACAGUAUUCCAGGUGUGGUCUGACCAAGGCAAAAUAGAGUGGGUCUAUUACUUCCCUUAAGGGACGCCGGUGGCGCUGUGGGUUAAACCACUGAGCCUAAGGCUUGCCGAUCAGAAGGUCGGCGGUUCGAAUCCCCGCGACGGGGUGAGCUCCCGUUGCUCAGUCCCUGCUCCUGCCAACCCAGCAGUUCGAAAGCACGUCAAAGUGCAAGUAGAUAAGUAGGUACCGCUCCGGCAGGAAGGUAAACGGCGUUUCCGUGCGCUGCUCUGGUUCGCCAGAAGCGGCUUAGUCCUGCUGGCCACAUGACCCGGAGGCUGUACGCCAGCUCCUUCGGCCAAUAAAACGAGAUGAGCUCCACAACCCCAGAGUCGGCCACGACUGGACCUAAUGGGCAGGGGUCCCUUUACCUUUUAUUACUUCCCUUGAUCUGGAUGCUAGACUUCACUUAGAAACAAGCUGGGCAUCCGAGCCUUGAAAUAUUUGGACAAGAAUGAGGGCAACUUCUUCUUUUCCCUCAAAUGUUUGCCGUUUUGUACACGUGUAGCAGGCACUUUAGAGGGGUGACUCUGCAGAAUCUUGGGAAUUUUCCACUCAGCUGUCCCCAUCUCGCAUCCAGUUUCUGAGUUGUUGGCACCUACCGCUCAGUAUGUCUCACACAUCUGCAGGAGACUAAAGGAUGUCCCCAAGCCUUUAGCUCCUGACAGAACCUGCAUCUCAGUAUUCUUGCCACGUUCUUCCCAACAAACACAAAUGGUAGUUCGGCAACCUAAAUGGAGAGGUGAUUCACAUCGCUCUGUAGUAAGGGCAGCCUGCACAGUUACCCUCCUUUGGAAUUCCACUGUCUUUGGAAUUGCUUCCCUACCAACUUUAGCAAACGCAGGCUAGGGAACCAAUUGAUGUGUGUAACUGUCAGUUUGCUCUUUUUAGGUGGGUUUUCAGGGGUCAGCAAACUUUUUCAGCAGGGGGCCGGUUCACUGUCCAUCAGACCUUAUCUUGAAAUAAGACUAUAUUUUGAAGGGGGGGAAAGAACAAAUUCCUAUGCCCCACAAAUAACACAGAGAUGCAUUUUAAAUCAAAGCACACAUUCUGCUCAUGUAAAAACACCAGGCAGGCCCCACAAAUAACCCAGAGAUUCAUUUUAAAUAAAAGGACACAUUCUACUCAUGUAAAAACACGCUGAUUCCCGGACCUUCGGCGGACUGGAUUUAGAAGGCGAUUGGGCUGGAUCCAGCCCCCGGGCCUUAGUUUGCCUACCCAUGGUUUAAGUACAGGAAUUGCCCAAGGGAGAGCAUUCGUGGUUCACUUCCCUCUGCUGAUCUUCCUGCUAUUCACUUGGUCUGGCUUUUUAAAGAACCUGUAGUCUUUGCUUUUCUUGCUUUCCAAAAACAUACCUGUAGAAAUAGCGGCUUAGUCAUUCUGGCCACAUGACCCGGAAGCUGUAUGCCGGCUCCCUCGGCCAAUAAAGCAAGUUGAGCGCCGCAACCCCAGAGUCGGCCACGACUGGACCUAGUGGUCAGGGGGCCCUUUUACCUAAAAAAACAAGAAGAAGAAGAUCUCAACUAGGAUUCUCCUCAGUAUCACUUGAUGCUCCUGCUCUCAUUUUGAAAAGAUCUAUCCAUGUUGAGCAAAAAAAAAAUACUAUACUAUACAAUUUUUUAAAAAAAAUUUAAUGAGAGCAGCGCUGUGUGAAGCAGCAAAGCCCGUGUGGAAGCACGGAGAAGUAGCGCCCAGAGCAACAGCUGGCGCCGAAAGCCCGUGUUAAGAGAAGCUGCCAGAGGGUUCAGCUAGGCCAGAGAAUAAGAUAGUAAGAACAGCCUUGCUGGGUUAAGGCCAGUGACUCAUCUAGUACAGCAUCCUAUUCUCAUAGCCCAAACAACCCAAGCAGAAGUUGAGCACAUCUGCACCCCUUCUAUUUGUGAUGCCCAGCAGCUGGCAUCCAGAGGCUUCUUGCCACCCUAAGUGAUGGUAGAACAUAGACAUUGUGGCUCAUAGAUGUUAGGGACGAGAGAGAGGAGCCAAGAACCUCCAGAGCGGCAAGGCCAGGGAAGUGGUCCCAGAUGUGUUGCAGCCAAGAGGAGGACGAGGUGGCAAUGAGGAGCAAGGAUGCAGGAUUCCUGUUGGAGGGUUUCAUAAGAGAAGGGAGGGGCGCCAAGCAGCGAUGGCUGCAGGCAAGAUUCAGUGCCUGAGGAGGAGAGGGCAAAAGCCAUGGGAGGUUUAUAGCAGGGGUGAGGAGCCUCAGGACUACAACUCCCAUCACCCUUGGCCAUGCUUGCUGCUGUGGCUGAUGGGCUUUGAAGUCCUAACAUCGAGUGGGGCUGCAGAGUCCUCACGCCUGGCUGAUGCCUAUAAACCAGCGUUUCCCAAAUUGGGUUUUUUCUUUUUGAUCCUCUGUUCUGAGCAUCCUGUCACCCCUGGGAGUCACGAGGGGAGCUGUUGGUGCUCUGUUUUCAAAAAUUCUUAGUAGCUCUAUCCUUUCGUGUUUGAAUAGAUUUCUUGCUCUAAAAAUAAAAUUUGCCAGGUUAUGAUCUAGAAACGUGAUCAGAGCUCGUACCGAGUGACUGUCUUGAUAUAAGUACCUUGUGGCAACUGUGUCAGAUGUUUUUACCACCCCUGAUAAAAUACCAUUUAAAAUGGACAGAAGGUGCUUCAUGCAAUCCAUCCCAGCACAUGGGCCCAAUGGCUUUGGAUAAUUGGCCAAAACAAGCUUUUGAGGAAUUAGAACCAAUUUCCAUCCUUUUUUUGGACACAAAGCUAGCCGAUCCUGCAGUGAAUUCACAUCGAUGUUUAGGGUCACCGACUCGCUUCUAUCUGCGGUUUUUGGAGAUGUCCUGGAAGGGCUCUGAUGGGGUAUGGCCGUGGAUGGCAUAGUUUCUUUGAUCACGCUUGGAGUUGUUUUCUCAGAUAGGCGCUUAGAUUUUGUCUUAGAUGUGCCCGCUUUGCAUGUCUCUUUAACUCCUCGUGAGUUGGCUUUAUUUGUUCCAGUUGUGGCAGGAGAUGAUAAUAGAUUAAAAAGUUUCUGCCACCGCUUCUUACAGGUGUGGUGAAUUAUCCUGGACAUCCUUAAAUUUGUAAUGUUUUUGGAUGUGAGGGCGAUCUGGCUGCGACAUCUGUCACCCCAUUGAUCGCCAGGGUUGAUUUGGCUGAUCGGGCUGGCUAGGCGGGUGUCCCCUUCCUCCCUCACCACUCCAUGUCCAUCCCUCCCGAAGCUGCGUGCUCGGUGGAAGAGGACGACCAUCCCUCAGAAGGAGUGUACCGUCCUUCGGUCAAGGGUAUACGAUAGCUGCGUUCCCCUGCUAGAACCUCCAAAAUAAGCUCAAGGUCCAUUUGUAGGAGAACGUAGGGUAGUCAAGCCAAACUUGGGUUUCGGGCUGGGUUUUUUGGACUACAACUCCCAUCAUCCCUAAUGAGCAAAAUCAGUGGUCAGGGAUGAUGGGAACUGUAGUCUGAAAAAACAGUCAGAUACCCAAGUUUGAGAAAUUUUGAUAUAAGCGGCAGGGUUGCCACCCUUCUUUGCAGAAAGGCAGGUGGUGACGGAGGGGCUUUGUGACGUAGAAGAACUUCCUUGGGGAAUUGUGGUCCCCACGGCUCAGGUGUCUCCCCCUCUUAUCUUCACCGCCUUCAAUAGUGUGACACAUUCAUUGCCUGAAGCCAUUGCCUCUUAACUGGCCUCCUUGCAGGACUGCCUCUGGCUCCAGCCUCGCUGCCAGGACGGCUUGCCCUUCUGCAAGUUUGGCUUUGUGCCUCUGCUUGCACCUCUCAGAGACUCAGCAGAGUCGCCUGCCUGCCUCCCAGAGCACCUCUCUCUCUCUCUCUCUCCCUCCAUACGGAUUCUAUAAAAAGAUCCUUUUAUUUAUUUUUCAAAAGAGCUCUGAUAACGGAGGAGGUUGGGAGGCUGGUGGCCGGGAAGAGGGACGGCGGCAGCGUGAGGCUCUGUCUAGACUCCCUGAACCAGCCUGCGCUGCUCAGUACCUCAUUAAGAGAGGCACCACCAGCUUUUCAGCGAGGGAACCCAAGGUAAUCGGGCAGAAAAAGGUGGCAGGUCUCCGUGGUGACGAGAUGCUAAUUGCUUCCCAGGCAUUGCUGCUGCUAAUUACUGUUUGUGCUGCAAAUGCCUGUCAUUGUGAUGGGCAGCUUGUCAAGUGGAGGUGUCCAUUGAGAGCUUUGGGAGUGCAGUGCACCUCUGCACAAACGCACAUUCUCCCACCCCAUACACACUUCACAGUUUCUGUGUGGGCGCAGAUCCAACAUCUAGUUGGUACUGGAGGGCUGGUUUUGCCCUUGGCACAACAGUGCCCCCCAAGGGUAGCAGUCCCCUUGGCAGCCACCCCAUGGAAUUCCUGGGAUGGAGGGCUACCUUCCCUGAUUGAUCCCAGCCCUUGAAGACUGAACCUUUUUCUCCUUGGUCACUCUGCGUAACCAAGGGAUAUAAAUGCGUAUAAAUGGAUAUAAAUAUGUUGUCGUUUAGUCGUGUCUGCCUCUUCGUGACCCCCUGGACCAGAGCACGCCAGGCACUCCUGUCUUCCACUGCCUCCCACAGUUUAGUCAAACUCAUGCUGGUAGCUUCCAGAACACUGUCCCACCAUCUCGUCCUCUGUCGUCCCCUUCUCCUUGUGCCCUCCAUCUUUCCCAGCAUCAGGGUCUUUUCCAGGGAGUCUUCUCUUCUCAUGAGGUGGCCAAAGUCUUGGAGCCUCAGCUUCAGGAUCUGUCCUUCCAGUGAGCACUCAGGGCUGAUUUCCUUCAGAAUGGAGAGGUUUGAUCUUCUUGCAGUCCAUGGGACUCUCAAGAGUCUCCUCCAGCACCAGAAUUCAAAAGCAUCCAUUCUUCAGCGAUCAGCCUUCUUUAUAGUCCAGCUCUCACUUCCUUACAUCACUACUGGGAAAUUUGUAUGCCUGUCCAUGGAGUUUUCUUGGCAGGGAUACUGGAGUGGCUUGCCGGUUCCUACUCCAGGUGGAUCACGUUUGGUCAAAACUCUCCACUAUGACCUGUCCAUCUUGGGUGGCCCUGCACGGCAUAGCUCAUAGGUUCUCUGAGUUAUUCAAGCCCCUUCGCCACGGCAAGGCAGUGAUCCAUGAUUGGGGCAUAUAAAUAUAUAUGCGUUUAAAUCAAGGGAUUUAUACCCCACCUUUGGACUUUAAAAGCUCUCAGUGUAGCUUACAGAACCAGAUUCACAUGACCGGAUGGUUGACAUAAACAUCAAUGAUAAAAAGUGCCUUUCUGCUGCUUUUUACAUUUUAUUUUUUUGUAAUAGGAGGACACUCUGUGAAUUACCCCGUAUAGAAAAGAAUAGGAGUAUGUUGUGUAAACUGUGGAUGAUGUGCUAAACCAUGGCUCGGUGUUAUGUGCGAAUGGAGCCCAGCAACUUAACCAUUGUUCAUGGGCCGUGGUUAAAGAUUGCUUCUCCGCCAAGGUUUGUACUUGGAUUAUAAACCUUAGUUAACGAUACUCAUAGCGUAUUGCAGAAGGCGGGGGAAAUAAUGCAGGUACAGGAGUCUGUUUGCUGGGUACCCUGUCAGCCAGCAGCAGCGAGUGAAAAUAGAAAUAUUUAAUUCUAAUAUUCACUGAGUUAUAAUUGUACAAUCCCACCAGGCUUCGCCACAAAACCCAGCUUCUUUUUAUUGUUUGUGGUUGGCAAUUGGUGGUGAUAAUGGUUAUAAUACUGACUUCAGAAGGCUGGCUAAUAUGUCCACAAGAUGUGGGUGGUCUGUUGUUCCUCAUAAUUAUUAUUUUCAAUGAGAAGACGAGAAAACUGUGCCCUGCCUCCGGGCUGUUUUUCUGCCAGGGCUAGCAAUUCUGUUUAUUAUUUGUUUAUUUCAACAGUUUGUAUACCGCUUAAUCCGUCUUCUCUAAGGGGUGUGCAGGAGACCUGAUGCACCAAGACUGAAAAUGAAUACUUGUUUUUACUUACUAAAUUUCUCUGUCGCCCUUCAUCCGAGGAUCACAUGGCAAUUUACAAUAUAAAAACACAAAAAUACACAUCAUGUUCACAAGCAGUAACCUCCUCCCAGUUGAAAAGGCCAUAGAUUGUUUAAUGAGCCAGAGGUCUGGGUGAAGAGGAAUGUUUUUGCCUGGUACCUAAUGAUUUGUAAUGAAGGCACCAGGCGAGUCUACCUGGGGUGAGCAUUCUACAAAAAUCAGUUUUAAAAGCCUUCUUAUUUUUUAAGUCUUGAAUAAAUGGCGGAAGUUCAACAGGGAGGAAGCCCUCAGUGGGACCUCAGCUAGAAGCGAGUUCCACAAUAUACUGCAAUAAUAACUGCUCUCUCCAUCUGGUGCAUCUGAAUUGGAGGGGACUGCCAGCAGUGGCAGUGGGAAGGUUUUGGCUGACCUCUGUAGUGCUGUAGAGCUUUUCCCCAUAGGACUGGAUGUCAGCCCUUGUUGCUUGUAAGGCAGGAAGUAAAAGAACCCAGUUCAGGACUGGAAGGAGGCGGGCCUGAUCCUGAAGCCUUGAGCACACCCUCGCCUCCAGCCUGGCAAUUGUAUGUGGCCUGCUGUGGAAGGGGCAUGCUAGAUUUCUGCCCGGGUAGUCUUCCACCUGUGAGAAUCUCUCAACAUCCGUGGGGGUAGGGUGGGGAGACAGAAACACUGUUUGAGGUGGAGGGAGGAGAAGAUAAUAAUAUGUGCAAGCAGAGUACCGGGUGAACGGCUUGGAUGCUCAUAGCAGGUCACAGGGCAGCCAGCCAGUACUCCUGAUCAUCUGAUGAGGCUGUUGGAACAUUAACGGCCGUGCUUGCUGGGCUUUUGGAAUGGGCUGGCAAGAACGUGUCCAGCACUCCCGAAAAGUGUCUUCCUGCUUGUCAAAAGCACAAGGCAAAAUGCCGACACAAUUCCAUGCGAGGGUGUAUGUCCCUCACCCUGUUCCGUUGCUCGCGAGUUCUGUUCUGGAUGGGGAUUGAGGGGACGUCAAACCAAAACAAAAAAACCCAGUGCAGGGAAGAACUUGACCUUCAGUUCCCAAGAGGUGUAUAGCAGCUGCCUCUGGCUCACCCAGUCAGCUGGACUCUUGCCCCCCCCCCCAUGCCAUGGCAGUUACGGGUCAGGCCAGGAAGUCCCAAUUGCAAGGCCUUCAAGAAGUAUCUGCUUGGCACUGGAUCCUAGGUGACCAAGCACAGAUUCAGGGAGCUGGUGUGCACAUUUCACCUAAAUAGUGACUCGAGUUGGACAGAGCCCAAGGGGCAAACCAGUUGCAGGGCAAGCUUAAUUGGGAGUUGGUAAAAGAGGAUGCGGGUGGCGCUGUGGGUUAAACCAUAGAGCCUAGGACUUGCUGAUCAGAAGGUCGGCGGUUCGAAUCCCCGCGACGGGGUGAGCUCCUGUUGCUCGGUCCCAGAUCCUGCCAACCAAACAGUUCGAAAGAACGUCAAAGUGCAAAUAGAUAAAUAGGUACCGCUCCAGCGGGAAGGUAAACGGCGUUUCCGUGCGCUGCUUUGGUUUGCCAGAAGCAGCUUAGUCAUACUGGCCACAUGACCCGGAAGCUGUACGCCGGCUCCCUUGGCCAAUAAAGCGAGAUGAGCGCCGCAACCCCAGAGUCGGCCCCGAGUGGACCUAAUGGUCAGGGGUCCCUUUACCUAAAAGAAGAUGGAGGACUAGAACGAAGAUGUGGCAGUCAAGUCCUCUGCUCUUGAAUGUUUGCAUCUCUUACAACACUGCUGCAGUCUCCUCCUCUCCCGUGUAAAGGGAGGUUACUAGCCUGUGAUGCCUGCAUCCUGCUCUUUUGCUUUCUGUUGCUACGUAGAGCUCUGCACCUGCCAAAUGGCCUGGAAUGUGGUAGAUUUGGCAAUGGCCCCUGUCUGAUAACCCUCAGGCCAUGGGUUCAAGGUGGACAAGAAUUCUGAAACCCCAGGUGCUUUCCUGUGUUUGUGAGCCAGGAAUUCUAGAGUUUGGCAGCAGCAGCUCCUGUGAUUUGGAAGUGACGCGUAGGGUCGAGUUUUCCAAAAACAGAGGAACAAAUGCACCUUUCAGUGGCACAAGUGUUGAGUCUUGCAUGUCGGCUUCUCGUUAAAUCAGCAUCAGAUUAGCACAUAGCCAUAGUAAAUAUGCAGCCCAGGAGAGUUAAGUUCAUAGAGCAGGCCCACCUGCAUUCAGGUGCUGUGGGUUAAACCACUGAGUCUAGGACUUGCCGAUCAGAAGGUCGGCGGUUCGAAUCCCUGCGACGGGGUGAGCUCCCGUUGCUUAGUCCCUGUUCCUGUCCACUUAGCAGUUCAAAAGCACGUCAAAGUGCAAGUAGAUAAAUAGGUACCGCUCUGGCGGGAAGGUAAACGGCGUUUCCGUGCGCUGCUCUGGUUCGCCAGAAGCGGCUUAGUCCUGCUGGCCACAUGACCCGGAAGCUGUACGCCGGCUCCCUCAGCCAGUAAAGCGAGAUGAGCGCCACAACCCCGGAGUCAGUCACGACUGGACCUGAUGGUCAGGGGUACCUUUACCUUUACCUAAUGGUUUUCAUGGAAAUGGAUACAGAUGCUGAGCCUGCAGCUAUUUUUGGGCUUCAGACAGGGGCAGCUACUAAGGUUCUGGGAAGCGCAAAUCAGUGAAUUGUGUCUCUCUUAAUAAGCCUUGGGAACUCCCAAUCAAUGCAUCUCAGCGUGAUGUGUUAAGGUGGGCUUUAUGAGAUGCAGUGAACAUAAUGCGGUGAUUUCUGAUUUCUUGAGCGCCUCUAGUCUGCAACGUCUCCAAAGCCAGCCCCCAUCUGCAUUGGUGGUGCUUGGCUGACAAUAGGUUUUGCUCAACUUCAAAUGGGAAACUGUAGUUUUUGAUUACUCCACCCUUCCUUUCCAUGCGUGAAUGACAGAAUUCAGGAGCGGAGCAACACAUUUUGCUUUAGGGACCCGUGGCUUUCACCAGAACAAAACUAGGGACAUGCAUGCCAUUUUUUUAGUUGUUCAGCACAACAACAUUCCUUAAAAUACUUUCAUUUAGGCAAGCCUGUCCGGAAAUGUAGAUGUUGAUUUGUUUUGAUCUUUUUUUUCAACAGUUAAUUUUAAUUACUUUUCAGUGUUUUCAACUUUUUUUAUUGAUCAUUUUAAUGUUUCUUGUAAACCACUUAGAGGCUUCACUACAAUCCUAUAUAAGUUUUCUUAAGUAAAUAAAAGGUAACGGUGAUAAAGGUGGCUAACAUCUCUUUUGUUUGUCUCCAUUGCAGGAUUCAUGAAUAAAAUUUUCCAUCCCAAUAUUGACGAAGCGUAAGUGAUUGAAGAUGUUUUGUACUAAACAAAAUUAUUUAGGGGGGAGGGUUAUCUCUUAACCUCAGUGCAUAGCUUCUUUUCUAAUUCAGGAAGGGGAAGAGAAUGGAUAUGUGAUGAGUUAAGAUAUUUUUUAAAAAAAAGAAGGAAAGAUGGUGAAGACCAAUUUAUUCACCCUCUCUGUUGAGGAUAAGGCAAGAAGUCAGGGGCUUAUGCAAGUUUUCAGACACCCUGCCCUUAGAGAACCCUUUCCAUUUUCUGUUAUCUACUGGGGAGCUCCUUAAUGUUUUAGAAGAUUCUUGAGACUCAAUUUAGGGUUCCAGCAUCAGGCAGGUUGCUCAGUCCGGGCACAAUUUUGGCUAAACCCUGUGCCCUGCAGGGCUAAAUGGAAGAUUAAGCGCUAUGGCUUAAAAUGGUAACCCAAGUUCAUAUUGUCUGGAUUUAUCAGUCUGUGUGGAUAGGCAUUUAUAUGUAAUCCAUGUAAACUGUGGCUUUGGGGGCCCUCUUGGUUAAGACUGGGUCAAAUGCUCUAGCCUACCUGUGGGCAGGCUUCCAGCUUGCAGGAUCAAAGUCUACCAACUGGAGCCAGAGGCAAUAACAGCACCUGCUCAGCCCUGGGACUCUUUUCAGUACCAGAAGUGAGCUGUCUUUUUACACAAAAAAUCUACUCCUGAAUUUUCCUUCCUUCCUUCCUUCCUUCCUUCCUUCCUUCUUUCCUUCUUUCCUUCUUUCCUUCUUCUUUCUUGAUUUUUCACCCCCCCCAAAAAAAACAAACCCUUUACAGAUUUUAACAUAGACCAUAAAUUACUUUAUCCGUUGUCUUCCCAUCCUCCCCUUCCAUGGUUACCAUAUUUACCCUUGAAUGCUGCGUAAUUUCACGUAAACUAUUCAAUACAUCCAUUUUAACCUAUUUAUCUUAAUAAUUAACGCUGUUGCUCAUAUUUCAAGUCCUACGUCUUUCUUUUUUCUUUUCUUCUUCUUCUUCUUCUUCUUCUCUCUCUCUCUCUCUCUCUCUCUCUCACACACACACACACACACACACCCUUUCUGUGUUUCAGCAACUUAAUUUUGGGGAAGUGAACUAGGUAAACCAUUGGGUGCCAUAAACUUUUCCAGUCUCCCAAAGGUCUUCCUGUAGAUUCCAGUCUGCUUUUUUUGCCCGCUUCCACUUUCGUGAAACGUACUGGGUGUUAAUAGGGAACUGAAGAUCUGAACUUGUGUAGCCGCUGUACCAGACCAGCACUGCCUAACUGCAAAUGGAAGUCAACCCUUGUUUGUCUCUUUCAGGUCAGGAACUGUAUGUCUAGAUGUAAUUAAUCAGACUUGGACAGCUCUCUAUGGUGAGUUAAGAAAUGUAUGGCCUCGGUGGUUUUGUACUAUACAAGGGGUGGAUGUGCGCGCGCACAUAUUUUAGCUUGUUGUCUGAGAGCACAGUCUUGCACAUGUGCUUUGAAGUGUGCAGAUUGCAAGAGUCCCCGCCCCCUUGCAACGCUGGCACCCAUUUUAGGACCUCUUUAACCUUGAGCAUAGCACGCUCUAGAAUUUGGCAUCCCAGGGGUUAAUGCUCUCAAGGACAACGAAGAUUACUUCAGUUACUUCUGUAGUACCAAAACAGAGUUGGCAUAUUCAUUAACAUUCAUUAAAAUUGUGUUAAACGAAUUCAGCUGACAUGCAGACCUUCACAAGCGGUACUCUAGCAAUAGGAUAGUUUUAAAAGAGUGAGCAUUUACUUCCCCCACGUACAAAGGAUGAGCAAAUCCCUACUCAGCCUUGAAGCUCGCUGGGUGGCCAGUCACCAACCCUCAGCCUAACCUACCUCACAAGGUUGUUGUGUGAGGAUAAUAUGGAGAUGCAUGUUCACCAUACUGAACUCCUUGAAAGGAAGGCAGGAAAUAAUAGAUUGAUCGAUAGAUAAGAUCAGCUAGCCGGCUGUCUGGGUGAGCAGGGCCAUCUUACUGGUUCCCUCUUACUGGAAUGGUAAGUCCUGUGAGGUGGGGGCAUAGCCGCUUUCGUCGAAUAGAUGUUGUAGUGGUAGUAGAGAUCAUGGCAAAUGGCUCUUUGGAAGGCCAGCAUCAGGCGUUACAUGUCAAAUCCUUUUUGUGUUGAUGAUUUUCAGAUCUUACCAAUAUAUUUGAGUCCUUCCUGCCCCAGUUGCUGGCGUAUCCCAACCCCAUAGAUCCCCUUAAUGGUGACGCGGCAGCCAUGUACCUUCACCGACCAGAAGAAUACAAACAGAAAAUUAAAGGUAAGGGCUUUCGAAGCGCGAGAAACCAUUAGCAGCCUGUCUCGGAACUUUGUCGUGGAGAGCAUUUGGGUCUGAAGAACUCGUGUGUUGUCUUGCUUAUGCUGCGGCUUUGGCAAGCCAGUUGCUAACCUCCCAGGUGAAGGGAAGCAACGUCUAACUGAGGUGUCCGUCUCACUUGGGAGAGGCCAGCUAGCCUUAAAUGGAAAGGGGGAAAUCACCAGGCCUUAUUUUGGGGAAAGGAGGCUUGCUCAGUUACGAAACAAGCAAAACAGGGCAACAAGCAAGCUUCGGUUUGGUGAACCGGUGUCUAGCGUAGUGGAUUUCUUGUGUAACCACACCACAGUGAUGUUUAAAGCAACUUUAUUUAGUCGUAGCAAAUCAAUCAAUUCAAUUCAAUAAAUAAAUAAAUAACAGUGGCCGCUGGAGAACCUACGAAAGGGGAGAUCUUAGCACAACUCCUUCCAGCAACUCCUGCAGCCCAGCUGGUGCCAAACGCCUUCCUCUGCUUUCCUUUGGACCACAUCAGUGAGGCUUGGGGAGUGGGGUCUUGUCGUCAUUGCAGCCCAGGACCUCCACACACGCUAACCAGGCUUGCUCCUGGGAGAGAUCACUUCAGUGCUGCUGAUGCAGUGGUUUGACUUCAUCCUCAGAGGUGCACUCCCUUGUCUCUCGAGACAAGACAGAUGCCAACAACAGGCCUAUAAAUUGCAUGGUCUUAUAGAAAGGCAUUCCCUCACCUUAGCUUUGCACAUGUGUAGGAAUUUUUCACUCUAUAAGACGCACCAGACCAUAAGACACACCUAGUUUUUGGAAGAGGAAAACGGGGGCGGGGGGGGGGUCUGAAUCCCAUAAGCUAGGACAGCAAGCUUGCUGUCCGGGCUUAUGGGAUAGCCGCAUGCAGCCUCUCGCGGGCAAGGGGAGCCUUCAUCCCCUGCCCGGGAGAGGCUGCGUGCGGCUAAGGCUCCCCCAAGAGCCGCGCUCCCUUUAAAGAGUGCACGGAGUGUGUGUGCGGGUCUUGGGGGCUUUUCCCCGAGGAGGGAGAAGGGCGGUCCUCCCUCCUCGGGGAAAAGCCCCCAAGAGCCGCACACACGCUCCACGUGGCUCUUUAAAGGGAGCUCUGAGCAGAGCCUCCCGCCUUUAUUCGCUCCAUAAGACGCACACACAUUUCCCCUUACUUUUUAGGAGGGGGAAGUGCGUCUUAUAGAGCGAAAAAUGCGGUAAGUCACAGUCUCAGAGGCAGAGUAGGCCUGGAUUGAGCUGAAUGCUCAGUUCAGUGCGAAUAACAGGGAGCCUACUUUAUCUCAGGCUAGCUCAAGGCUGGGGUUUUCCCCGCACAAACCUCCUUGACACAUUCGUAAUAGAGCAUGAACAAGCAGAUUCUUCCAAGGAUAUCCUUUCACACUCCCUUUGAUGGUUUUUACAGGUUGUAGGUUGUGGGACGCGGGUGGCGCUGUGGUGUAAACUACUGAGCCAUGGGCUUGCCGAUUGAAAGGUCGUCGGUUCGAAUCCCCGCAACGGGGUGAGCUCCUGUUGCUCAUUCCCUGCUCCUGCCAACCUAGCAGUUCGAAAGCACAUCAAAGUGCAAGUAGAUAAAUAGGUAUCACUCCGGCAGGAAGGUAAACGCCGUUUCCAUGUGCUGCUCUGGUUUCACCAGAAGCGGCUUAGUCAUGCUGGCCACAUGACCCGGAAAAACUGUCUGCAGACAAACGCCGGCUCCCUCGGCCAGUAAAGCGAGAUGAGUGCUGCAACCCCAGAGUCAUUCACUACUGGACUUAACUGUCAGGGGUCCUUUACCUUUACCUUUGACAGGUUGUAGGCUAUCAAAAGGGUGCUAUAACUUCCACUACACUAGCUAGGGGAGAGAGAAGAAUUUCCCCCAACCCAAGAUGUGUGUAAGACUGGUGAGAGAAAGAACUAAUGGACAGUUGUGUCCUUUUCCCUGCUACACCACUGAGUAUGCAACAUCAAAAUCAAUCUGGGACUUCCACAGCCACUCCCCAUCAUCACCGCCACUAUGAAAAUAUCCCUUGUUUUAGCUUUGCUAUGCAUGACAUCGGCUGGUAGACCUGGGAUGCCCUGCCACACCUCUCCCCACACACCCCAGUUGCGUGCCAGGCAGGCAGCUACAAGUUGGGAGUUGCUCAGGCACUGACAUGAUGCAAAGAGCUUUCUGGCAACAGUGGCGCUUAAAAAUAGCCUCCGCGCUGAUGCCUUGAGUUGCAGCAGCUCCUCUGCGCUGGGAGACAAGGUUCUGUAAAUGCAUAAUUUAUCUCGUCUUCCCUUUUUAACUGACGGAGCCGUAGAAGUCAUUCUGGUGUACCCCUGGGGGAGGGACCGCAAGGCCCCGUUGGCUUAGAGAAAUCAGCCCACAAUGUGUUGGAGCUAGAAUUCAGGAAACCUGCCUCUUAACUGGUCGCAGCAGUAGAUGGUCAGUGGCAAGUACUUCUGUGACGGUUGCCUUCUCCAGUUCUCUAGAGAGAGGCAAUUGCGCUUAGGCCUGCUCAGACGAAUUCUGACACAGCUGGGCCACAUUUUGGAGAAGCAGGCAGCAAUCUUUAGUAGCCGUUCCUCCUCCCGGGUCUCUCUCGGGUGCAGAGUGAGCUUUUGUCCCACCAGCACUGAGAGGCAGGCUGUGAGAUUUAGGCCUUGUUUGCGUAGAUACGACACCCACAGGCCGCUGAGCAUCUUUUCUUAACAUGGAGCUUCGUAACACACAUCCUUCCUGGGCUAUAUAGUAAUUGGUUCAGCUUCCUGAAACUGGAAGCCCUUUCUUGCUGAAUGGCUUUUUUUAAGAAGGGAUACGGGCUGUGGGUUGUUCUGACACACACCAAAAGGCAUAUUUGAGAGUCUGAGGCGAUGAAUGGAGCUGUCCUAGGAGAUUUGCACCCAGCGGCUAGUUCUGAGCAUCACCCAGCGCACUGAGAACACGCAGAGAGCCCUGCUAGAUUACUUGACACAGAGGGAACCGGUGGACUGUACCACUUCAGAGCUCAGGAGGAGGGUGUGUGCCACUUUUCUGAAUGCUCUCCUGUGUAAAACAAAACACGGAAUACUGAUUUUCUGGGAGCUCCCCUGUCUGCUCCCCACCUGUCCUGCUGCUCCCCCACCAUUGGUGCUCCUAACUUCCUGGAAUCCAUCCUCCCAUUUUUAUAGUUAGACACCAGGCUUUAAAAAACUCAUGUCUUGACUCUGUCGUUUUCCCGCUAACUGGUCUCAUUCCACUAUCUCUUCUGCCCCCCUCCUCUCCCCAGUCCUUGUGUCUCUUGGUCUGUCUUAGGCCCCUCCCCUCAGGCUUGCAAUCUCUGCCUUCUGCCCUGUUUGAUGUCCAGUACCCAGAACACGCAUGUGCUUUAGAAAUAAUUCAGAAACGUGUUUCUGCACCUCCCUACAGUUUUGAAGGUUUCUACCCUCUCCAUCCAUUUACGGCGUGCUCUGCUGAGCCUUUCCUCGCUCUUCCCACCCCCUCCAGCUUCAGGACUUUUCUGUGUUUUGCACAGAGAUGCGUUCCCAAGCCGAGCACGUCAUGAGAGUCCCAGCUGUCUUACGCCAGUGGUGGUGUACUGGUUAGGGCAUCGGACUAGGACCUGAGAGACCAGGGUUGAAAUCCCCACUCUGCCACAAAGUUCGCUUGGGGGGCCAGGCACUGCCCUUAAGCCUAACCCAGCCUUUCUCAACCUGUGGGUCCCCAGAUGUUGUUGAACUACUACUCCCAUCACCCCUAACUAGCAAGGCCAGAGCUCAGGGAUGAUGGGAGUUGUAGUCCAACAACAUCUGGGGACCCGCAGGUUGAGAACCGAUGGGCGCUAACCCUACCUCACAGGGUUGUGGUUGGGGUCAAAUAAGGAGGGGGAGAACCAGUUACAGGAUCUCUUUGGAGAGGAAGGUGGGGUUAUAACUGCAGUAAAUAAAAUAUUCUGAAUUCCAGAAGCCAGAACAGCAAGAGGGAUCUGGCUUCUGGGAUAGCCGCGCGAAGCCUCUUCGGGGCAGCAGGAUGAAGGCUCCCCCAAGAGCCGCGCAGCCCUUCUCCUUCCUCGGGGAAAAGCCCCCAAGAGCCGCACACACGCUCCACGGUGCUCUUUAAAGGGAGCACUGAGCAGAGCCUCCCGCCUGCAUUCACUCCAUAAGAUGCACACACAUUCCCCCUUUUUAGGAGGGGAAAAGUGCGUCUUAUAGAGUGAAAAAUACGGUACACUGGAAGGCACAAAAGCACAUGAAAAAUGGGCAAGAUUAUCACAGGUGCAAAUGUUGACUGUUUUUUAUUAUUAUUAUAAUUUCUUAAAUUCUUGCUUUUAAAGAUUUUUCAGACAAGUACUAAUGUUUGAGCAAGGGGUUGUCCUUGCUGAAAUCUGGGGGUCAUUUUGGUGGGCGGGCACGUGCAGGCAUGUCGAAAAAGCACAUUAAGGUGUCCAGAAGCAGUUUGUGGUCUGCCUGGCCAUGUUGUUUUGAGGGACCUCAGGGUGUUCCUUUAGUGUGUAUGUUGAUCGUCCCUCUUUUUCUUCCCCUGCCCCCACCUUUCUCUUUCACCCCAUCCAGAAUACAUUCAGAAAUAUGCAACAGAGGAAGCGCUAAAAGAGCAGGAAGAAGGCACUGGGGACAGCUCUUCGGAGAGCUCCAUGUCUGACUUUUCAGAGGACGAGGCCCAGGAUAUGGAGUUGUAGUAGAAGCAGCACCCUGCUUUUCAGAGAGACUGACUUCCUAACCACGCGCUGAGAAGCAGACUAUAAUAUUCAUAUUUAAACAAAGCAAUUUUUUAUUACUAAACAAGGUUUUUAUGAAUAAUAGCAUUGAGAUAUAUAUACAUAUAUAUAUAUCACCCUUUAGAUCUUGAUUUCUUUUGGUCAUUUCUCAGAGCCCAAAAGUGCAUCGUAGCGCAUUUCCCACAUUCCACUUGGUAGCAAUACGCAGCCCAGAUGCAUGCGAGGCAUCCGUUUAUAAUUCCAUUUGAGCAAGGGCAACUUGUGGGCUACUGAACUGUCAACCUAAAAAACAAAACACAAAAAUACAGCUGCUUUGCUAGGGAGAGGGUCUGGAUGUUCCCUUUUUUUUCCUCCCUGGCCCCCACUUUUAUUAUUAUUAUUAUUAUUAUUAUUAAUGGUUCCAAAGAUGGCAGGACACCCUCAGAUGCAAAAGCCGAGCAGCGCUUGCAGAACGUCGGAGAGAAAUAUCGGGGGAUAAACGCGAGAGGCAGUGAAGUCGAAAAGGUGCCCUUUCGACUCAGCUCGGCCGCUUUACACUUUAAACGGAGUUGCAUUUUUAAGAAACGAAACACCGUCGCCAGAAUACGCCGAGUUCUUCGAAGUGGUUCUGACAAAGGCGCCUUUCUUUGGCUUAAAGAACAUUUUGCGUGGACUUCCUGCCCUGCCGCUAGAGACUGGCGAUUGGUCCGGUUUGCUUGGGGGACCUUUUGAAAACCUGCGACUGGACAGUCAAAAGUCAACUUUACUGGUCUGGAUCCCCGGUGUCCAUCUGCCUCUGUCGCUGUUACUACUCUUAAGGGACAGAAAGCAAGCAGAGUCCAACUUUGGCUUAGCUUUCCUGGAGCGCGUCACACCCAAUCCAUUUUUGGCCCCGCUGUUAAAACCACUGGCAGUUGUGAUUAUUCCACUCAUUGAUGUCUCUUCAAGCACUGUGCCCAUGACCUUCUCCGGAGAGGUCUUCUUACAAGUCGGAUUUGUCAAGAGCGCUGCAAGCCCAUGGACAGUUUCAUUGCCCCCCACCCCACCUGAGUUGCCGCUGAUCACGACCUCCAUCGGUGGUCUCCCAAGUUUGCUAGUUCCUUCCUUCCUUUGCUCACUUGUGGCCCUUCUAUAAAGCAGGCCAGACAAUCUAGGAAAAUCCAAUAUAAUGGGCUUAGGAAGUGGGUCUGGUUUUUUGUUGUUUUGGAAGGGGAAUUGAUAAUAAGAGUGCUGGUUUCAGAGAUUUUCUUCCGAAUUAGAUUCUUCCUCCCUUUUCAUUUCUUGGGCGUGUUUUGAACACACAAAUGUUCCUUCUCUCUUCCCCUCCACCCCGUCCCCCCUCCCCCAAAAAUGGAAUGGUAAGAGAACCCCCCUCAUACGUUGAAUGCCUACCUGGGAUGCUGAUGUUACUUGAACAUGGAUAACGGCAAGGAAAACGCCCGGCAAGAUGUGGAUUUUGCAAUCUGGACAUUACCUCUGAUGUAUUUGUAAAGAGUUUUUUUUUCUUUUUCCUUUUGGACAGGAUGUGGGGAGGGCAGUUUUGGUGCAAUGUCUGUGGGUGGGGCGGGGUGGGGGCAGUAAACGGAAUUUGAAUUUGAGCAGAAUUCUGAAUAUCAAGCUAAGCCCAGUCCGUUGUAUUUCCUUCCCAGAUUCCCCUGAAACGCCGUCAGAAUUUUGCGGAUUGUUCUGGGGUGCGAGGGGAAGACGCGUCGAGAGAGUACAAUCUUAAAGCCUAAUCAGUUUGCUUUCCCCCCACCCCUUUUGAAAAGAUCUUAUGUAAAGUAGAAUUUAACUUUGGCAUGAUCAUUUUCCUUUAAUAAAGCAAAAGCAUACCAAGAAGUUGAAUUACGGGCAUGAAGAAAAAAAAACCAACAACAACCAUGAACCUUUUAUUUUCUUUCUUUCUUUCUAAAUUAAAAAAAAAAAAAAACAGUAAUGUGGUUAUAGUAGCUGAGCUGAAGUUCUCUCCUUUAAGCAAGUAUGGCUUGUUUGGGGGGGCAGGCGGGUUAGUAUUAAUAUGGAACAUGUAACUCUGUGCCAUUUCCUUGACUCUGGAGGAGCGUGGGGAGAGCUCUGUUACUGCUGCAGGGCUCCUGAGACCCGCCUUCACCAACCUCGUGCCUUCCAGAGGUUGAUGGACUACAAUUCCCAUCAGCCCCCGCCAGCGUGCUGGCUGAGGCUCAUGGGAGUUGUAGUCCCAGCAACCUGCGGAGGGCACAAAGUUGGCGAAGUUGGCCUUAGAGAUGCCCUCUGCUUGUGUGGUGGCCUCUUAGGUGCUAUUUAGGUAUAGAUUUUGAGUGCUGAGGUGGCAGUGGUGAUGGUGGUACCAAUUUAAACGAAAUAAAUUGUAUUUUUUCAAUAUUGUAUAUACAAAUAUUAGUGUUCUAAUUCCCUUUACUUUACGCAGGUAACUUUUUCCUUGGGGGGAAAAAAAAAGAAUCUCAAUCCUGGUGCACAGUUUUUAACAACUCUGAUGUACACAGCUCUUUUCUCCUAAGCAAACACCCGUUCUUGAUUUCAACAGUCCUGGCUUUUAAAUUGAACGCACGGAAGCGGUUCCAAAUGCAGACAUGGUCCGUGUUAAAUGGAAUCCCACCCACCCCAAGAAAAGGCAGCACCGACUCUCCUCUAUACCCCCUCCCAACAUCCACACACUUUGCCCCUGGGGUGCAAAAGACCCAUUUUCGCAAUUCCUGUUUGAUCGGACCCCUUGUUUGUGCGUUGCAGUUGCAAAGAUCUCUUCUUCUGCAUUUACUUUCCGGGUGUCAGGGAAGGCUGGCAAAACGCCCUUAGUGGAAUGGGAUCCACCUGGAAAGAUGAAUUUGUGAGGACCGACCUUAUGAGUUAACUAGACCAGGCUCCCUUCUCCUCUGGUACCACUGAUUUAAGCGCAGUUCCUUCUGUCCCCCUCUCUCUUUUCGGCCUGUCCAGAUCCCCUUUGCUCGCAGAGCUGCUCCGCUCUCAGCCAGACCCAGAUGGAAAGGCCACUUCCAGUCGCCAGUCCCCUUGCCGUCCCUUCCGAAACGCCCGCGUUCCUUUUGAAAACCACCUUUCAGGCUUCAGACCCAACUCCCAACGCAGCCGCCCCUGGGAAGCUGCAAAGCUGUGUGUGUUUGUUGUGAGUUUCCUUGUUAACGUGAACACACUCUGAUGGGAUCUCAAAGUGCUUGCACCGGCUAUUGCCCUUCUCCCUCCCCACCCGUAAAAGUCUGUUGUGCUUUUUGAGUGUUUCGGCACCGGUAGACGAAACCUCCCACAUCGACCUUGGUGUUUGACCUGCUCCUCUUCCUCAAAAUGCCUCUUAAAUCACCCACAGAGACGUACUGCCGAAGCACAGUUUUUAUCCCACUCUGCUCACCGUGCCGGUCUCCCAAGUCCACCUGUCAACCUUCUGUUAGUUGUUCUUGCUACACCAUCUUGUGCUUGAUAUAAGAGAGAGGGGACCUGGGAAACAGAGGCAGAGAGCAGCAUGGAUCAGAGUGGCGCAGGGUUUUACCCAGGUGACGGCCGGUGGCGAAAGCAAAUGGCCCUGGAGCUUUUCGUUGGCUAGGUCAGCUUGUAGAAAAACCCCAAAGCUCCCCGGCUUGUGUGGUCGGUUGAUAUUUUCCUACCUUUGGGGCAGCGGGUGGGAACUUCCACAAAGAAAAGGGGGUUCGUAGGGGAGGGGGUGAAGCUUUUAUCCUCUUGGGGAAGGGUCCAUGCUAGCUAGAUCUGGAACAGAUAAAGUAGUUAAACGUGUGGAGUGUCCGAAGGCGACUCCUGUGAUCUGAGCGUGCGCUGGUUUUAUAUAAAUAUAUAUAUAAUAUUUUCUCGCUCGCUCGCUUCCUUUCGCUCGUCUGAGUUGCUGUGGCACCUUGGAGCCAGAAGUCUCUUGCCGCAUGAGAAAUGGCCAUUUUCCUUCCCUCCUUUUUCUUUUACUGACUGUGUUUGGUACAUAUUGUGUGAAUACUUGAAGAGGUAAGCUGGGCCUCCAGCCCCUUCCAUUCGAGUCCUUGAUUUUUUUUCCCUUAGGGGGUUUUUUUUGGCUGGUUUGUCCCCCACCCCCCGUUUUCAUUUCCGCUUCCUCUCUUAUACCCCCCGCCCCCCCCAUCCUCUUUGCAUUGUGAUGAUGUUAGUGGGCAUGCCUGGCGCCACGGCAAUCGCCUCUUCUAAGAAUUAUAACCUCUCAAAAUAGUUGUGUAUAAUUAAAGAAACUGUAAACUUUUUUAAAAAAUAAAAUAUGUAUAUACCUUG